AUGGCGGCGGCGGCGGCGGCGGCGACCUCUCCUCCUCCUCCUCUUCCUCCUCUCCGGCCGGGGGCCGGCGGGGGCGGGCGCGGCGGGGGCGGCAGCCGGGGGGCGUCGGGGGGCUCGGCGGCCGCCCUGCGCGCCUUGACGCCCUCGUCGCUGCUGCUGCUGCCCGCCGAGGCCGAGACGCGGCAGCGCCUCCUGCGCAGCGCCAAGAAGGAGGUGGGUGCGCGCUGCGCACCACGGGGGGGCAGGGCUCGUUCGGUAGCUUUGCAUUUGCGCGCUGGGGGGGUGUUGGGGCUUUUGGGGGGUGCGACUUAAGAGUCUCCUGCCUUUGGCUGCAUGCGCUUGACUCAUCCUAUUCAAGGCGGGGGAGAGUAAAGCCCCGUUUCCCAUUUCCCCCCUUUUUGGGGGCUUUAGACUGAGCGAGGAGAUUUCCUCCCUCCUCUCAGGAAGAAGAGACCUGGCCAGCUGCAAAUGGACAUGGGGGGCGGGUUGUUACCCCAAAAAGCAGAUCAGCUUGUUCAAAAAAGGAAAGCGAGGCAAUGCAGGAAGGGAUGCAAAACUCUCCAGAUUUUUUUGGGGGGGGCAUGUCACUCCUUCCCCAUUUUGUCCUGCAUGUGCAGGGUUACCCUGUCAUAGUGGUCCUUGCAGUCUUCACGUGCUCAGGGACCUCGCUCCUGUCUCCCAUGCUCCCCUUAUUUGGGGCAGGCCAUGGCAGCAAGGUCACCAAAGGAGAGGUGGCGUGGAGAGGCGACCAUUUGUUGGGCAUCGCAGGUGGUGCUGGGGCCCGUGGGGGGCUCCCCACAGGUAUCUGGCUGGCCACUGUGAGAGCCGGAUGAUGGACAUCUCUUCCUGAUCCAACAGGACUUAAGUAGUCCCUGGGGCAAGAUGAGAUAGUAGAGGUAAAGGGAGUCUCUGAGGACACACAGAGUGGCUUUCCCCCAUCUGGGGACAACCCUUCCUCUCUAGUCUGGAACAUGUCCUGGAGAAGGUGGGCAUCGCUUGCCCUCUGGACGGCUUAUUUAUUAUCUUUGUUGCCUUCAGCAUUAUUGGAACGUGAAGAAUUUCUCAAGGUCUCUGGCAGCAUGACAUCUGGACCUGUCUGCCUAGCCAAUGAACAUUCCUAGGGUUCAAGACCCUUUCAUCCUCCCCCUCAUCCCUCCCCCAAGGAUCAGAACUGAGAUGGCUCUGAUUUUUACCCCCCCCCCCGCUCCUCCAAUCUUUCCCAUGUGGUGCUAAAAGAGUUGCUGCUUACGUAAGUCUAGUUCUGGAUUGUGCAGAGCCCACAGCCUGGGAGGUGUGUGUGGCUGGUACUGGGCUACCCCUUUGCAGCUCCCUCUUACUGCACAUUCACUUGUGCUGCUCUUGGGAGGGGAGCUGCAGGCUGGCUGGCGUGACCCCAGGGGGAAGUUUGGCUUCGUUGCUCCCAUUAAUUGAAUUCUGGCAUCAUCUGUUGCUGCGUCCUGACAGAUCCAUCAAGGGCAAGAUGAACAAGAAGAGGUCACUGCUUUCGUUUGCCAAGGCCUGAUGCUUCUCCACUUCAAAGCCUCUCCUGUGUUUUCUUUUGUCAUGGACUGGAGCAAAGCCCUUGCUGGGGGCUAGAGAGACCAGGGGCUACCGCUGCCUCUCAUCGGAAUCCAGGGAGCCCACUGGUCCAUCUAGCUCAGGACGGUCCAUGCCAGGGAUGGGGAACCUCUGCAUGAGGUCUCUUUGCAGGCUGUGCCCCUCACCAGCCCGGCUCCAUGCCCACCAUCCUUUGGCCCGACUGGGAUGUGUCCCCUUCAACUCGGAGCCUGGAUGGAGAGGUGCAUGUGGGGAAACCUCCGUGCAGAUCCACAUGAGGCACAUUUUAAAAAGUGACUUCCCCCAAAGAAUUCUGGGACCUGUAGUUUGUUAAGAGUACUGGGAAUUGUAGCUCUGGUGGGGAGACACAGCACUUUCCAGGAUACUUUUCAAGGAAAUCAUGUGCUUUAAAUGUGCUUUAAAUAUAUACUGUGAAUUUGCCCUUAGAUUUUGGCAUGGUUGGGAUGAAACCUCCUGUGCAAAGGUGAGGCGCACGUCAACCACUAGGCCCAUUUUUCUUUCUGGCCUCUGCUCAACAUGGUGGUCUCCCAUGGGGCAGGGUGGUCUUUGGGACUGCUCCACCCUUUCCAGCUGACACAAGGAGCAGCUGCUCUCCAGGCUCUGAGGCAGGGAUUGAACCAGGGACCUUUUGCUUGUGAGGCAGGUGCUCUGUCCCUGAGCCACAAUGCUGCCUGCUCCUCCUACAGCCUCCCCCUCCAGCUAUGUACCAAGCCAUAGGUACUGUGCGCCUCUUCCUGUGAGCCUGGGAGAGCUGGAAUCUGCAUAGGGCUUUUAAUCAGCAAGCCACCGUGAUGAUGGUUAUGUAAGUGCCAGAGAUGAGUUUCAUUCAGGCUGCCUCACAGGGAGGGACCAGGAUGUGAAAGGCAAACUGGGCUGGGAUGUGAACUGUGGCACAUGGGAGACGUGUCACAAACCUUGGAUGGUGAUGUUCUCCAGGCCGGACUGUCUUGUAUCUCCUGUGUUGGGGUGCAGGUUGUGCAAGAAAUAAGAAAUAUGAGCACGUGUCCUCAUUGGCUUGGGAGUUUUAUUUCUGUUUGCAGUUGUGAGCUGGCAAUUCCUCUGUUAGUCAAAUAAAUUGUGCUUCUCUGCUUGCUUGUAAUUUGCAAUUGAGAGAGAGAGAGAACAUGCCUGCCCACUUUAUGAUCUCUGGGAUGAAGGAGUUGGGUGGCCCGAAAACACGUUCCUCCUCCUUCUCUGAGCUCCUCUCAAGGAAUCUGGUGGUGGUGGGGGGGCUAAUAUGAAAGUGUCCCCACUGUAGAUGUAAAACACUAGCAAGCCACCUUAAACUAUCAUAGCCUUUCCCCCAAAGAAUCCUGGGAACUGUAGUUUGUUGUUUGGUGCUGAGAGGCCCUAACAGAACUAUUUGUCUCACAAAACUUCAAUUCUCAGUGUGGUUUAAUGGUCAGUCCCUCUUCUCAGGGAACUGUAGCUCUGUGAGGGGGAUAGGGGGUCUCCCAACAAUGCUCCCCACCCUUAACACUGCAAUUCCCAGGAUUCUUUGGGGAAAGCCAUGGCUGCUUAAAGUGGUGCGAUACCACUUUACAUCUAGAGUGCAGAUGGGCCCAUCGUCUUGUGAGAUAGUUUUAUAGUGACAAGUGCUGGGGAAAUGAUGCUUUGCCAAAAAGCAACACACGCACAUGCGCACACACACACAUGAAUUGUGUCCCAAAGGUGACACACACUGAAAAAACACAGCCAUGGUUUGCGUGAAGAGGGGUGCGAAGCAAGCAAAAAAAUAUGUCAGCAUCUUUUUCUCUUUCUGGCUGACUCUAAAUGCUCUCAAGGAAUAGCAAGGGAACCAGUUCAUGCAGUCCCAAUUUAUGUGUUGAUGGUGAGAAAGCAGAAUGAAAUUCUUCUGGUUGCCUUGGCAACCCCACCAAUAUUGGAGGGGUGGUGGUUACUUAACACCAGGCCGGGGGGGGGGCACAGUGGCAGCGAGGGUAGCAUCCUGCUGACCCAGAAGGCAUCCUCCUCAGCUGUGUGUCUUCCCUUUGAUUUUUAAAUGGGGCUCUCAGGGCACAAGGUGGAGGUCGUCUCCAGCACCUUUUAACUGCCUGCUCUGCCGGCAAUGAGCUUAAGAUGUUUUUAUUCCUUAGUGCUGAACACCUUUAAGGUCUAUUCUUGGAUAGCUUUUUCUGGAGAGUUAUUGAUUGUGUGGCGUCGGUGGUUGUUCUCAGAAUGGCCUGCAGUCAGUGAGAGCCGUUUACUCAUGGACAUCCUAUGAAGCUGAACGUUGGAGGAUUCAGGACAGAAAUGCCUUCCUUGUGCAGUGCAUAGUGGAAGUCUGGAACUCGCUCCCACCAGAGGCAGUGAUGGCCCCCAACCAAGAGGGCCUUAAAAGAGGAUUGGCCACAUGGGCUGUCCUCUGCCUCCACAGUCUGAAUGCCAGUUGCUGGAAGCCUUGUGCUCAGAUCCCACAGGCCCCUGGCUGCCCACAGUGAGAACAGGAGGCUGGAUGGCAUGGAUCCCACAGCCAAGCACUUCCUAUGUUCUGCCUCCACUGGUGGAGCCAGGAUACCUCUGAAGACCACUUACUGAGAAUUGCAAUUGGGGAGAGUCCUAAUGGUGGGCUUCCCAUGGGGGCCUCUGGGUGGCCACUGUGGGAAUAGGAGGCUGGACUACAGGGGCCCCCAUUUGGCUUGAUCCCACAGCCAGUCUUCUUACCCUCUCCCUCUCCUGUUAAAGAAGGCAUGCAUACCCCUGAAUACCCCUUGCAGGGAAUUGCAAGUGGGAGAGCACUGGUGUGUCCUGGCCUUGCUUGUGGGCCUCUGGGUGGCUGCUGUGAGAACAGGAUGCUGGACUAUGUGGGCCAUUGACUCUUCUGAGGUUCUCUGCCACCUUCUCACUUAAUUUUUGUAAAAGCAGAGCCCCCUCCCGCAACCUGGUGCCUCCGCAUGGUGCUGGGCUACGACUCCUACCUUCCCACCACUCAGCGACACAAGUUGGGGCGUUACAGAAUUGGUGGUGAAGUUGAUGCGAAUCUACAUCUCUUCUGAUUAGGAGAAUUGCAGUAUCUUAUUCUGUAAAUAGGUUAGAAAUUGUUUGACCAACUAAAAACUUCCAUUGGAAGGCAGGUUGAGAAAACACACUUAUAUAUAAUAUGAGUUGCUCUUUUUUAAAAAAAAUGUAGAGGGCAAACAUGUCUGUGAGAAGGGAGCCAAUGUGGUGCAAGGUUAGAGUGUGGGACUGGCGCCUGGGAUUCAUAGCCCGGCUUGGACAUGAAGCGCACUGGGCCUGUCACUGCUUUUCUCAGCCUUACCUGCCUCGCAGGGUUGUUGUGAAGACAAAAGAGGGAGAAAGUUGCGUAUGCCACUUUGAGCUUCUUAAAGAAGGCUGUGAGGCGUGGAGGCUGCUCCCUGCAAGGCCCUUUCCACCUGGCCUAGGGGGCAGGGCCAGACUCCCCCAGCCCUACUGUGCUAAGUAUGCAUUCUGUAGUUGACCUCCUUUGUAAUGCUUUAUUUUGAAAUCUUUACGAUAAUAUUUUAAUUUUCUGUUAUGUUGCUUUGACUGUAUACUCUAUAUUUGACUUUCUUCAGAUUGCUUUAAUUAUGUUUUAUUGAUUUAAUAUGUUGUAAACUGCUUUGAGAUUUUUCUUAAAAAUAUAAAGCGGUAUAGAAAUUAAUAAAAUAAAUGAAUAAAAUAAAUAUUAAGUUAAAUAAAUAAAUAAAAAUAAGUAAAAAUAUGUGAGAGUUGGGAGAAUGCAUCUUUUAAGAUGAUGGUAUCUAUACCUGAUACAAGAUACAUGAACCAUCCUUUAAGAGCCGGAGUUAUUUUAUUUUUGCUCAUAUGUGGCUUUGGGACCAAACUAGCCAUGGGGGCAAUUAACAAUUGUGUGUUUCAUUUUAUUUUAAAGUCAGUUGCUGGUGCCCCCCCCCCCGAAAUACCUGGGAGGGGGGAGCUUUCUGCUGUGAGUUGGCUGAGGAAGAGCCUCCUGGGCCAUUCCCUUUCUCUUUGAAGGUCAUAGCCUCUGCUUUCUCCUGCUCAAGGUGCUUUUCGUGCCCGCUCCCCCAAGAGCUCCCUUCCUCUGCCUCUGCUGCUUUGAAAAUGUUCCAGGGAAAGAUCCAUGCGGGGGGGGGGGCGCCUCUUUGGAGCUGACUCUCCUGCUCCUUUCCCAGCUUUGCCAGCUCAUCCUCCAGCAUUGAUUGCUUCAGUUUGUUUCCGUGGCAACAGCUGCUGCCAUGAUUUUAAAAUCUUCAAUGGCUUUGGGGAGUGAAGCAGUUAGAAGGGGAUGGAAUUUGGAAAUAUGCGUCAGCUCAGCAUCACCUUUCUUUCUCUUUGUAGCAUCAUAUGAUCUGAAAGGGCUUCCUGGGUGCACAUUUUACAGCUCCCCACUGAUUAUGGCAGAAACAGAUGGCGCCCCUGUUGUUGUGCACACUACGUUUUCCAAGGGUGCAAAAGGAACAUGGGGGGAGGGCUGCCUUAUCUGCCCUUGGUCCAUGUAGCUCAGUAUUGUCUACACUGACUGGCAGAAGCUCUCCAGGGUUUCAUAGAAUCAUAGAAUCAUAGAGUUGGAAGAGACCACAAGGGCCAUCGAGUCCAACCCCCUGCCAAGCAGGAAACACCAUCAGAGCACUCCUGACAUAUGGUUGUCAAGCCUCUGCUUAAAGACCUCCAAAGAAGGAGACUCCACCACACUUCUUGGCAGCAAAUUCCACUGUCGAACAGCUCUUACUGUCAGGAAGUUCUUCCUAAUGUUUAGGUGGAAUCUUCUUUCUUGUAGUUUGGAUCCAUUGCUCCGUGUCCGCUUCUCUGGAGCAGCAGAAAACAACCUUUCUCCCUCCCUCCUCUAUGUGACAUCCUUUUAUAUAUUUGAACAUGGCUAUCAUAUCACCCCUUAACCUCCUCUUCUCCAGGCUAAACAUGCCCAGCUCCCUUAGCCGUUCCUCAUAAGGCAUCGUUUCCAGGCCUUUGACCAUUUUGGUUGCCCUCCUCUGGACACGCUCCAGUUUGUCAGUGUCCUUCUUGAACUGUGGUGCCCAGAACUGGACACAGUACUCCAGGUGAGGUCUGACCAGAGCAGAAUACAAUGGCACUAUUACUUCCCUUGAUCUAGAUGCUAUACUCCUAUUGAUGCAGCCCAGAAUUGCAUUGGCUUUUUAGCUGCCGCGUCACACUGUUGGCUCAUGUCAAGUUUGUGGUCAACCAAGACUCCUAGAUCCUUUUCACAUGUACUGCUCUCAAGCCAGGUGUCCCCCAUCUUGUAUUUGUGCCUCUCAUUUUUUUGCCCAAGUGCAAUACUUUACAUUUCUCCCUGUUAAAAUUCAUCUUGUUUGUUUUGGCCCAGUUCUCUAAUCUGUCAAGGUCGUUUUGAAGUGUGAUCCUGUCCUCUGGGGUGUUAGCCACCCUCCCAGUUUGAGUGUCAUCUGCAAAUUUGAUCAGGAUGCCCUUGAGUCCAUCAUCCAAGUCGUUGAUAAAGAUGUUGAAUAAGACCGGGCCCAAGACAGAACCCUGGGGCACCCCACUAGUCACUCUUCUCCAGGAUGAAGAGGAACCAUUGAUGAGCACCCUUUGGGUUCGGUCAGUCAGCCAGUUACAAAUCCACUGAGUGGUAGCAUAGUCAAGCCCGCAUUUUACCAGCUUCUUUACAAGAAUAUCAUGGGGCACCUUGUCAAAUGCCUUCCUGAAAUCAAGGUAGGCUACAUCCACUGCGUUCCCUUCAUCUACCAGGCUUGUAAUUAUGUCAAAAAACGAGAUCAGGUUAGUCUGACAUGACUUAUUUUUCAGAAAUCCAUGCUGACUAUUGGUGAUCACAGCAUUCCUUUCUAGGUGCUCACAGACUGUUUGCUUAAUGAUCUGCUCCAGAAUCUUCCCUGGUAUUGAUGUCAGACUGACUGGGCGGUAAUUAUUUGGGUCCUCUCUUUUCCCUUUUUGAAAAUAGGGACAACAUUUGCCCUCCUCCAGUCUGCCGGGACUUCGCCUGUUCUCCAGGAAUUCUCAAAGAUGACUGCCAGUGGUUCUGAGAUCACAUCUGCCAGUUCUUUUAAUACUCUUGGAUGCAGUUCAUCUGGCCCUGGAGACUUGAAUACAUCUAAACUAGCCAAGUAUUCUUGUACUAUCUCCUUUGUUAUUCUGGGCUGUGUUUCCUUUGCUGAAUCAUUUGCUCCAAAUUCUUCAGGUCGGGCAUUGUUUUCUUUAUCGGAGAAGACUGGAGGCAAAGAAGGCAUUGAGGAGUUCAGCCCUUUCUGUGUCCCCUGUUUGCAUUUCACCAUCUUCUCCUCUGAGUGACCCCACUGUUUCUUUGUUCUUCCUUUUGCUAUGAACAUACCCAUAAAAGCCUUUUUUGUUGCUUUUAACCUCUCUAGCAAGCCUGAGUUCAUUCUGUGCUUUAGCUUUCUGACUUUGUGUCUACACGUGCUGGCUAUUUGUUUGAAUUCCUCUUUGGUGGUUUCCCCUUUUCCAUUUUUGUACACAUCCUUUUUAAUCUUAACUCAGUUAAAAGUUCUUUAGAUAGCCACCCUGGCUUCUUUAGGCACCUUCCAUGUUUCCGUCUCAUUGGUAUUGCCUGACGUUGUGCUUUUAGUAUCUCCCUCUUAACAAACUCCCAGCCAUCAUGAACUCCCUUUCCUUUUAGUAGUACUGUCCAUGGGAUCUCACCCAGCACUUCCCUAAGUUUUAUGAAGUCGGCUUUCUUAAAGUCAAGAAAUUGAGUCCUAGUAUGCUUGGCUGCUUCUUUCCGCUGUAUAGUAAACUUCAGAAGAAGUUUCAAACAGGGUGACGCUGCCAGGGAUUGAACCAGGGACCUUUUGAAUGCCAAGCAGGUGUUCUGCCACUUUAAAGAAGAGCAGACCUGGAACCAGCUAGGCAUUCCUGCAUUCCAGGGGGUUGGACUAGAUGACCUGUGGGGGUCCCUUUCAACUCCACAAUUCUGUGAUUGUGUUCAACUAUUUGUAUACGGGUCUGCAGAAAAGCAUUUUGGCAGGAGGAGGGUUACCAGCAAUAAAGGCAGAAAUAAGAGUUUUUGCACCUGGUUGGUAUGAAGAAACCUUACAUGGCUGUAGGAACUUGUAUGCUUUAGCAGGGAAAUGGAUUUAGCUUUCAAGAUGCACACUACCUUCCAGGUCUCUGCUUGCCUUCCCCCACCUCCAUCUCAACAGAAACAGUGCAAUUCUCCAGUUCUUUCCUUGUUGGGAAAUGUAGCUCUGCAGAAGGUUCCCUUGUGGCAUUUCCUUUGGUUCUGGGAAGUGUGGAGCCCAAACUGAAUUCUGCAUAUGGUGAAGGUGGGAAAGGCUGCACCUGGCUCUACAGGUGCGUUGCAACCCUGGUGCUUAGGAGCAGUACCUGGGUGCAAUGUGUGUGUGAUCCGAGAAACAUUUUGAUCCCUACCUUCUUAAGAUUGAAGGCUAACCCCAGGCACCUAAAGUCAUUGUCCCACUUUGCACCCUCAGGUAUCUGUUGAAAAUCAGUUCUUGCCAUGAUUGUUUUUUGUCUCCCUAAAUGAAACUUUGUGUGUGUGCAGGGGGUGGAAAGAGAACAGUUGUGCUUCUUCCAUCCGUAUCAGACUUCUCAGCUAUGUUAUCAUCUGUAUAACCCAAAGCAAACAGUGAUUGAACGCACAGGAAUAAUGCAAGCAGUGUGUUUUUCUUUUUCAUUAUUAGGAUGUUGCUGUAUCUGCAGGAUAGUUUUUUCCACUUGUCCCUGCAGGAUAUUGGAAUUACAGGCUGGUGACAGCCGGUGGACAAAUUGGAGGGGGGUACAGGGUGGGAGGGAGUUGUGUUUUGUUAAGACGAUAGUCAAUGUGCAAACCAAAAGGCUCUCCUGGUUUACACCUGUGCAAAUUCAAAAUGAGAGAACAAGUUUUUCAGUGCUGACACGGCCAAGGUCAGGCCAGCCUUCCCUGGUUUACUUUUAAUGUGGAUGGGUACUGGCACUGCUGUCUAAAAACUUCUCUCUGAGCCUUGAUUUGCAAAGCAGUGAGGAGGCAGUUUGACUGCUGGGGAAAAUGUGUGUUGUUGGAGCCUUAAGAGUUGAGUGUAGCAAGCUGCCUUGGACUCUACUAAAAACAUCAGAAGCGCCUGCUGAAUCAGGCCCAUGGGAGGCCACCGAGUCCAGCAUCCUGCUCUCACAGUGGCUGACCAGAUGCCCAUUAUGGGAAACCUACAAGUGGGACCCAAGCACUCCAGCGCUCUCCCCUCCUACAACUCUCCCUUCCAGCAACUGGUAUUCAGCAGCAUUUCUGUCUCCAACCGCGGAACUAGAGCAAAGGCAGCAGAGCCACCGUGGCCAUUGAUGGCGUCUCCUCCAUGAAAAGAGCCUUAAUGCAGGGCUGGGUGGAGAUGCCCAGGUCAGUGCCCUUUGGAGGAUGGCAUCCCAGUCUCUCCCUUGAAGGCGUGGUCAGCUGUGGAGGUGUGUGCACACCUGCGUGUGAAAGUGUCCUGGGUGACACGCACUGCUGGCAGGCAUGCCCCUUGCAAGGCAGGCCAAGAGCAAUGCCAGCCUGGGGCUGAAAAGGGUUCCUCGCCUUCUGUAAAAGAAAAGUGAAGUGGGACAAAAACGGGGGUUUUCCCCACAGGCUUGUAUUUAUUUCAUUUACAAAUGGCUGCCCUUGAGGCAUCCCAAGGCAAUUUAGAAGGUAAGAACAUUUAUAAAUCAGUCACAUACAGUAUAUAAAAACAGAUAAAACAAUGGAAUAUUGGGGGGGGUGCUGUUUAAGGUAUAAAGUUCAUAACAACUUGGGAGCAGUUCACCUGCCAGAUGGCCUUACCCCAUAGAUGCCCUCAUGGCUGCUUCAGUGUGGCAGCACCCACACUCCGGAAGUCCCUGCCUCUUGACACCAGCCCCCCCCCCCGCACUCUUUUUGCUCCCGCUGAAAACAUUUUCAUUUAGGCAAGCCAGUCUGGAUAUGUAGAACAUUGACAGUGCACUUUUGUUGAUUGCUGAUCUUAUCUUUUGAAUGUUUUGAAGAGUUGUUUUUACAGUUUUUUCUGAUAAUUUUAUCGGUUCCUUCUCUCUGAGCAUUUACCAUCAAGCAGUGUGUAAAUUUUAUGAAGUAAAUAACAAUAGUUUUAAACAACAAUUAUAAAUACAGAAACAGUUUAAAACAACAACAAUACAUACGUAAAAGGAAUUCUGAUCUGAGACCGUGGUCAGCUGUGACAAAGACAUUUUGAAAGAGGCCUCGAUGCAAGAAAGGAGUUCUUUGGGGUGGGGUGGGGGGAGAGAGAGGAAGUCCCAGUGCCCCCAAAGAAGUCUCAGAGAGCUCCCAUAGGAAUGAUUGCCUGUGCUUCCUGGAUAUGCCUUUGGGGACUGAGCCGGGGAGCUCUUCCACUAAGCUAUGGGCCUCCCGUGAUUCUUUUUAAAUGGAAGAGGACUGGCAAAUGUCAGAUACCAGGGAGGGGAGGGGCAGAAAGCACAGUCUGGCAGCCUGCCUCAGGUCUGGUCUUGAGGGUUGCCCUCCUCCAGCUGCAGAACCAGGUGGAAAAUGCAGCUCAACCAGUUUGCCUUCUGUGGGGUUGGGGCUGCCGGCUGCCUGGUGGAAGCCGGGGUCAUUGCUGCUCCGGAGGGACAGCCAGCAGUCCACUUGCUCUCUCUUGCUGUGGAUAGCAGUCCCCCCCCCCCCACACACUUUCUAGCCGGAAACAUCUGAGCUUCUUGAGAGGGAAAGGCAAGUUGAUGGUUCCCCACAAGCAAAGCUUUGUUUGUACAGAGCAGCAUUGGGGGUAGGGUGGGGCUGCUGCUCUGUGAAGGAAUGCAAGGACACUUCUGUUAUGGGCUCAACACUCAAGAGGGUUGAAAUCCCCCCCACACACACACCUCAAAAAUAAUUGGCUACUUGCUACAAGGCCAUCCUGUUCAUCCUGGCAUUGGGUCGACUCCAUGGCCAGGUUCUUGCCAUUGUGAAUUCCCUCCAGCUCUGAGAGCCCCAACAAAGAUCUCCUAUUCACCAACACCCAGUGAGGAGUUGAACCAGUUCCUGGACUGAACCACUGCAGGCUUCACAGGUGGGUUGGGUUUAUCCCUGCCAAGAAGAAAAAGCAAACUCCCUGCACUUAGAAAACCAGCAUGGAAGUGUGAAGCUGAGCUAGCACCGUUCUCCCUGAGCUGCUGAUUUUCUGUGUGUAGGGAUUUAAUUAUUCUUUCCUGUGAGCUCCCUAUCUUCCACCUGGAAUGGUGCCAUGCAGAAAUAGGCUUCCCUCCUCGUCUGCUGUUUGGGGGAACUGAGCACAGGAUCCCCUCUGCAGUCAGGUCCUAUUUCACUGCUUGAACAGACUCAGUUGGGGAAUUUAUGCAUGCUGAGGAAUGGGGUGGGGCAGCAGGCAAAUCCCACCUUGGAUGUGUGGCAGAGGGCCAUGGGUACUAAUUUAGUGCCAGCUGAGAGGCACUCUGCACAUGGUUAGAGGCCCCUUCUGCUUCUUCAUUUCUCAAUUUGUUUGCAAUACAAACACUCAGCUGAGAGGCACUCUGCACAUGGUUAGAAGCCCCUUCUGCUUCUUCAUUUCUCAAUUUGUUUGCAAUACAAACACUCAUUGGGACUGAUCUGCUUCAGGUUCAAACCCCGCUUCCUGUCCCACAGCAAGGCAAGGAUAGGGAAAGCACCAAACCUGCACAGGAAAUUGUGACUCUGAAUGCCAUUAUUUUAUUGUCAUCCUAAGGACACAUUGGGGGCAGGAAGCGCAGCUGGCAGGUGAGGCAGCAGAAAGGAGCUGAGAGAGAUUGUCGGCUGAAUGGGGUUAGUCAUUGGCCUGGUGCAUCCGCUGUUGGCUGAGCAGCUGUAAAGCUCACACUGUCCUGUGAAAAGAGGCAGCAGCUGCACACCGGGAAAGGAGCACAGCAGCAGGAGCAAAGCCUGGGCUUGUCAGCACUGCAGAGACAAACAGACCUGGAUGUUGGCAAUGCAAGUGAGGAGGAGGCCAGCCUGGCCACUUCCUGUUUCAUGUGCUUUCAAAGGAUAAGCCAGUUCAAUGUUUGUAAGGCAGCACAAGCUUUUCAAGAGCUCAGCUGUUAGAUCUGCAUUACCCUCACCUUAGAGGUCACAUCCCACACUUCUCUACUAGCUAAGUAGCAACUAGCCAGCUAGCCAAUCAUUCCCCCUUAAAAGCAGCUUUUAAUUUUUCUUUUUUAAAGAAAUCAUGUGGCAGUUCAGCCAGUACCGGUAAGUCCACAAAAGCCUAGCUCUGCAAGCAAAACGGAACACAAAUUACAGAGGAUAUAAAUAUUCUAAAAUCUGACUCUUUGAGUUUACCAACUUGGGAUUUGCGUGUGUGAUACCUUCCAGGUGUAUAAUAGAACAUGCACGUCUCUCCUAAGUGCAAAAGAAGACACAUUUAAGACAUUUAAGAAAGCAAGUCUGUGCUCAGAGCUGCUUUGAGCUGGAGCUCUUGAGCUGCCAUCACCUUUUCGAUUUCCGUCUUCUCAUAAGAGGACAGAGAUCACAACUGUUUUUCUCUCAGGGCAGCUUUCUCUAAGGGCUGCUUGCCAUCACAUUCCCUGCAGAACAUAGGAAGCUCAUUAAAAGCAGUUUUCUUCAGGAAAGGAUUGGUGCAGAUGCAGGACCUUUCCUGAUUCCUGGGAAAGGAAAAAUCCCUGCUUGUUGGGCCCCUUUGCCUCCCAGAAUGGCUGGCUGGUUGCCAGGAAUCUCCUGUCAUGAGAGGGGUGACUAAGUUAGUUUUCCCCAUCCUAUCCUCCCUAUCGGACCCUUGAUCUGAUCCAGCAGGGGUGCUUCUUAGGUUCUUGGAUUUCAUCGAAUCAAAGAAUUGCCGAGUUGGAAGGGAUCCUCAAGGGUAAUCUAGUUGUCUUCUUCUUUGGCGAUCCCUUAUAGCCGAGUAGGAUUGUCUAACAUCAAUAUGGUCUUAACAGGGAGGCUAUACAGUGGUGCCUCGCAAGACGAAAUUAAUCCGUUCCGCAAGAGUCUUCGUCUAGCGGUUUUUUCGUCUUGCGAAGCAAGCCCAUUGACGGAUUAGCGCUAUUAGCGCUAUCAGCUGUUUAGCGGCUAUUAAAGGCUUAAAGGCUUAGGGAUUAGCUGCUAAAAGGCUAUUAAAGGCUAUUAAAGGCUUAGCAGAUUAGAUAAAGGGGGAAAAGCGAAAAAAUCUCAAGACUCGCAAGGUAUUUUCGUCUUGCGAAGCAAGCCCAUAGGGGAAUUCGUCCUGCGAAGCAACUUCAAAACGGAAAACCCUUUCGUCUAGCGGUUUUUCCGUCUUGCGAGGCAUUCGUCUUGCGGGGCACCACUGUAACUGACUGUGGAGGCCAAUUCUGGAUCCACACGUCCUUCCACAGUGGGGACAUGGGUUUCCGGGUGAGAGUUGAUCCCAGUGAGAGUUUGCCAGGCCUGCCUUCCUCUUAGCUCAUUUCUCCCUUUCGUCCUGAGUUCAAGCAUCUUCAAAGUCCAUGACACCUUUGGUAAAGGCUGUUCUCCAAUUGGAGCGCUUGCAGGCUGGUACAACCUCCUCCAAUGCAAAAAUCUUAGCUAAAGAAUGACAGAGAUGUUCCUGGAAGGAGCAGCUGCCACCCCAAGACAGAUUUAAAAUCUCUCCCUUUCCCAACUGUCCUGCCAUCUGCUCUCAGCACCAUUAUUUUAAAAUCCUGGGGAGUUGUGCACAGGCAUCUGCUGUGUGCAAGUAAAACAUUUCUUUCAUAAUGUGAGGCAGGAGGAAGGGGAGGAUGGCUGAUGGGAUGGUGGAGGGGGAAGCUUCAUCCUCUCUUCAGCUUCUCUGACAGCUGCUCUUGCAAGGUGCCCACUCAUUUUGUGCCUCACUUUUCAUGUUGCUCCAGCUGGAAUCAGGGGGGUGAAUAAGCGGAGCGUUGUGGGUGGGGCAGCAGCCCCAGGGGAGAAUCCAUAGCCCAGGGAUUGGGAGGAGCACCUUCUGUAACCCACUGAUCUUCACUUGCCCGGUGACCCCUUGUACCCUUCCAUCACAUUCCUGUUGCCAUUACAGGAACAAAGCACUCAGUGUGGCCUGUGUGCUUCAUUCCUUUAAGAGCAAUUUUUAAAACUGCUGUAAAUGGAUUUCAUUUUGAUGCAGGCGCUUUUAAUCCAACUGCUCUCUGCUCUCCAGGGCUUAAUUUUCAGCCUUCUGCUCUACUUGCAUCUGAGUUCAGCUUCUAGGCAUAGUCACAAAAAUCCUCCUACUUCUUGCGUGUGUGUUUUGGAGGGGCUUUCAGGAGCUCUUUGAACUUGGUCCCUGCAGCGUCAAAGCUUCAAACUCUGGAAUGAUCUCUGUCCUGGGAGCGAUCCAGUCUGCUAGCAAGGGGACUGGAACCUAAUACUUUAAUUUUACCUUCACAAACUAAAAAACUCACCUUUCUUUUGUUUUGUCUCUACUGUUUUGCAGGUGAAACAGAUAAUGGAGGAAUCCGUCACCAGGAAGUUUGUACAUGAAGACAGCAGCCACAUCAUUUCCUUUUGUGGUAAGUCUGCCAGCCGGACGUGUCCUGUCUGGUGUGCAGUUUCCCCUUUGUGCUCCAUCGGUCCUGCCUGGCCACCAGUAUCUGAGCUGUGAGCCUCAGUAGCUUCUUAAAGGCAGUUGCACACUGCCCUUUUGGAUGACAUCUAGUCAGGGAUGAGGUGGGACUUAAGAAUAAACAUGGAAAAUUGAUCCGAACUGGAAAUAGACUGUUCCAUCUAUCUGUUUUGACUUAUCAACUGUGGAUUUUUUCCUGAUCCCAUACCAAGACUCCUUGGAGGCUGCAGCAGCCCCAAGGUGGAGAGGGAUCUGGCCCUUGUUCAUCCUGUAUGGGUCCAUGGAGCUCACCUUCCCUUCCCUGAGCCCCAAAAUGUCAGUUCCACUGCUAGGCCCUCUUAUUGGACUCAUUGGAGAAUCAGGAGAUCCCAGAGGAGAGAUCCCAAGAGCUGGAAACCCCAUUACCUUGAAGAAGGUACUUAGCUGCAGAAGACGGCACCAGUCCUUUAGUUAGGAGGCAGUUCGGGGGGGGGGGUCAAGCAUCUACUCAGUGGCCACACAACCCUGCUAUAAAACUUGGUGGUUGCUGAGACAUCAUUAGUGGUUGGGCUCAGCUGCAGAAACACUGGUCACGGAUCUGAACUCAGCCUUUACCUCUCUCCAAGGUGCUGACUCUUGCUUUGCGCACACCAGCUUGGCUGUCCUGCUAGCCUGGGGAAAACCGGAGCUACUGACCUUCCCUGGCUCUGGCCAUCACCCAUCUUCAAGGGUGGCUCUCUCCAUGGACCAAAUUUAUGGAGGAGAGGGCUAUCAAUGGCAAUUAGACAUUGCCGCCAUGCUCUGUUGCUGGUAACCACAGGAGGAGAGAGGGCUCUUGGGCUUGAAUUGAGCUUAUGAGUUUCCCACAAGCACCUGGUUGGCCAGUGGUACCUCGGGUUACAGAUGCUUCAGGUUACAUACGCUUCAGGUUACAGACUCUGCUAACCCAGAAGUAGUACCUCGGGUUAAGAACUUUGCUUCAGGAUGAGAACAGAAAUCGUGCAGUGGCAGCACAGUGGCAGCAGGAGGCCCCAUUAGCUAAAGUGGUACCUCAGGUUAAGAAUGGACCUCCAGAACGAAUUAAGUUCUUAACCCGAGGUACCACUGUAGUGGACUAGAUGGGCCAUUGGCCUGAUCCAGCACAAUCUUUUUAUGAUCUUAGGUUCUUAUCAAAACAGCUUCAAUACGUCUUACAAUACGAAGUUUUCAAAAGUGUCCCUAAAUUUGUAUGCUUCCAUGGAACUGCCCCCUCUCUACUUGCCACCUAACUUCUGAUAUUGGGGGGAUGUAGUGAAGAGCCUUUGAAUCAUUCUCAACUGGUGGGCAGGAUCGUGUCAGAGAAGCUGGUCUGUCAUGGAAGAUGAGGCUAUCAAUGGCUGCUAGUCACAAUGGCCAUGCUCUGCAGCCAAGCCAUGCUUCUGAAUGUCAGCUGCUGGAAGCCACAGAAGGGGAGGGUAUUGCUUUCGUGCCCAAAAAUUGCUUGUGGCUUUCCACUGGGGCAUCUGGUUGGCCACUGUGGGGACAGGAGACUGGACUAGAUGGGCCAUUAGCCUCAUCCAGCAGGCCCUUCUUAUGUCCUUUGGCUAAGCCAUCCGUUUACAAGUGAUGCCUGUUGACCAUUACCUCAACCUGACUCUUUGGUUAAGGUAGGCCAGCUGUGUGAGUGGGGAGAGAAUUAAGAUAGGGUGAUCCAGACACCACCUCCUCUUCCUUGGAGCAACUGUAGCUGUAGUCUGAAUCACCAAAUGAACAGAGCAAAUCUGGAGCUGGCUGGCUCCCUAUGGGCUUCACAUUAUUUAUAGCGCUGUUCCUCACCACCCACAAGGCAGGACAGGCAGGAGUGCUUGGCAAUUCUCAUCCCAGCCUCUUAAGUCUGCUGUUGCAUUUCUCCUUGGCCUCAGGGCAGCUCUGGAGCACCAUCUGGGGAUGAUGGGAAUUUAAUUUGAGUUGCCUGCCAGCCUCCCUCAGCCUCCAUGGGGAGGAUCAGGCUCUUAAAUAACCCUUAUUAGCAUGAUAAGUGGCAGAGGAGGGGGAAGGGAGAAUGGCGCCAGGAUAGGGCAGCUUUCAGUUCCAUCCCUCUGCCUUGUUCUCCUCCAGGCCUUUAAGAAGCCAUGGCUGCAACCUUUCUGCUUUGUUCUUCCUUUAAUGUAGACACGUCCAACAGGUAGAUCGUGAACGUCUGGUAGAUCUUUGGCUCCCCCCAAAGAAGCUCAACCCCCCCAAAACAGGGCUUUCCUUCCUAAAAAAAGCUCAACAAGUUUGAUCACUGUCAGUCUUUAACUGUGAGUAGAUCGCAGUCUCUUGGGAGUUGGCCACCCCUGCUUUAAUGGAAAGGCUGCAGCGGAUUCCACUCAAAGGACUUGUCCAGUGUGGGUGCCUGAAGUUUGGUGGGAUUGACUGCAUGGCAGCCCCCCUCAAAGGCCUCAUCCACGCAGGUGGAAAGGGUGAUGGUGGGGGGAGUCCUUUCAUUCCUGAUGGAUCUGUGUUGCCAGCUCUUGGUAAACAGCACUUGCUUUGGUGGUUCAUUAUUUAGUGACAAUGUGUCAUCUUGGCUUAAUCGCAAAGCAUCCCUUGCUGGCUUCUCCCUUGAUGCAGCUUAGAUGAGUCAGACCGCAGACCACAGAAAAGAAAGAGAGAGAGACAUCUGUCCCUUUGGUUGGGGCAAGGAAACCCUUGACCAGUUGCUGUAUGGCUCAAGGUUGGAGGGAUGGGUUUGUAGGCCAAAAUGGCCUUCCUGCGUUCAGGCAAGCCUCCUCCUCCUCCUCCUCCUCCUCCUCCUCCUUCUUAAUUUUAAUUUUCAGUUUUCAUCAUUAGCAUCAUUCAAACUUAAAUUCAACAUUAUUUAUACAAUUGGGGGAUUCCCUGUACCCCAAGACUUCCCUCCUCCCCCUUCUGGUUUUCCACAAAUACAUUUUUUAAUCUAAUCUAAUUCAUAUAUCCUACUUUGAUUACAUCCUUAUUUAUUUCUUUACCUAUUAAAAAAUUACAAGCGCUAUAUCAAUCCUGCUAACAUCUUUAAAUCUUUGCAUUGUUCCUUAAUAUACUCUAUAAAUUUAUGCCAUUCUUUUUAAAAUUUACUAUCAUCUUGGUGUCUGAUCUUCCCAGUCAUUUUCGCCAUUUCUGCAUAGUCCAUCAUUUUCGCUAUCCACUCUUCCUUGGUUGGCGUUUCCUCUUCCUUCCAUCUCUGGGCAAAAAGUAUUCUUUUAAGUCCUUUGGUAUUUCUUCUCCUGUGAUGCCUAUUAAAAAAGCUUCUGGCUUUUUUGUUUUUUUUAAACAAAAGUUAUCUUAAACAUUUUGUCAGUUCAUUAUAUAUCAUUUCCUAGAAUGCCAUCCAAAUCUGUUAUCAUAACCUUCCAGAUCUAAUAUAUCUGAAUUCUUUAAUGUUAUCCCUUCAUGAAGCCAGCAGAGGCAGGACACCUCAUAAUAUAACUUUAAAUCUGGCAAGGAGAAUCUUUAGUAACUUAUAUUUAAUUCUUGCCCCGCCCCCUGCCAGUUAGAUUUAGAUAUGUCCUUUUGCCAUUGUUUGAAGUGUCCUGCUCCACUAACUAUCGGUAUGGAUUGGAAUAAAAAUAACAUUCUAGGCAAUACAUUCAUUUUUAUUACUGAGAUCCUUCCCCAUUAGGAUAAUUUUUUUCUUCCCCAUACCUCCAUAUUCCUUUUUAUUUCAUUCCAAACUUGUCCCUGCCACAGACUGGUUUUCCAAGUUCCACCAUGGGUGUCCUGGGUCUAAGUCGUCUUCUUCUGUGUCAUCUCUGGGGGGUUCUUGGGCUAGUGCCUCCACUCUUCAUCAUCCAGCCAGGCCCCUGAAACGAACUUCGAACAUGCCUGUACAGUGGUACCUUGGGUUACAUAUGCUUCAGGUUACAUACGCUUCAGGUUACAGACUCUGCUAACCCAGAAAUAUUACCUUGGGUUAAGAACUUCAGGAUGAGAACAGAAAUCAUGCUCUGGCGGCGCGGUGGCAGCGGGAGGCCCCAUUAGCUAAAGUGGUGCUUCAGGUUAAGUACGGACCUGAAACUGUUCUUAAUCUGAAGCACCACUUUAGCUAAUGGGGCCUCCUGCUGCUGCCGUGCCCCUGAAGCACGAUUUCUGUUCUCAUCCUGAGCAAAGUUCUUAACCCGAUGUACUAUUUCUGGGUUAGCAGAGUCUGUAACCUGAAGCGUAUGUAACCUGAAGCGUAUGUAACCCGAGGUACCACUGUACUAGAUAUUUUGGGAAGGGGUUUGUCUGUCUGUUCCACCCACCUAUCAAACUUGACCUGUGAGUGGUGGGUGAGAUAGCUCCACCCCAGACUUGUCACCAAAACAGCAGUGUCAGUGCCCCCUUUUUUAGAUAACUGACAAUGACUUUUCCUUGUUCGAAGAAGCACUCUCUUUGAGCACUAACCCCUUGAAUAUGUUCUCGUUCAUUCCCAACUGACAGCAACACACCAGAAGCAAAGUAGCCUAAGAAAAUGAACCAGUGUUCCCUGAGUUUGCAAGUUGCCCUCAAAAAUUUUACUGAGCUUCUGUCAGUUCAUCAGCAAAAAUUAUUUGAUUUGUCAUUUUGAAGCCUUAUGAAAUGGGCUGUAACAGAGGAAGCAUGUUUUUUCUUCAGAGGAGGGUAAGUGGGGAUUGUGGGGGUUGGGCUGGAUGGCCUUUGGGGUUCCCUUCCAAGUCUACAAUUCUAUGAUUCUAGGUAGCUUCUGCCGUGUCUUCCCCCCGCUAUGCUGUGGGCUGCCAUGCUGUCUGCUGAUAAGGGAGCUUGCUGGCAGCUGAAUGGGUUGGAAACACUGCAGCUUGCCAAAGCUGAAAAUAAUUCAGACCCAAAAUGCUAAUUUACUCUGUCUGGCUCCCCCCUGCCCCCCCAUUGGACUCUAGAGAGAUGGAGCCGCACCGUCACCCGCAGCAGGGAAGGCAAAUGAAUUCACAACAGCAUUGGCUCACGCUGUGGACCUCUGCUACCCAAGGGCAAGAGCGCCAGUAGGGAAGAUGCCUCUGUCCUGGUUCUGGGCAAUGUCAGCCAUGGGUGAUAAUUGGAGACAUCAGCAUCUCCUUCACUCAUGGACAUCCAAGGAAGCUGGGUGUUGGAAGAUUCAGAACAGACAAAUGGACAGACUUCUUCACCCUGUGCGUAGUUAAACUAUGGAACUCACUCCCACAGGAGGCAGUGAUGGCCACUGACUUAGAUGUCUUUAAAGGAGGAUGAGACAAAUUCAUGGAGGAGGAGAGGGCUAUCAAUGGCUACCAGCCACAGUGGCCAUGCUCUGACCGCCACAGUUGGAGGUAGCAAUGCUUCUGAAUCCCAGUUGCUGGAAGCCACAGGAGGGGAGGGUAUUGCUUUUGUGUCCCAAAACUGCUUGUGGCUUCCUACUGGGGCAUCUGCUUGGCCACUGUGAGAACUGGAUGCUGGGCUGUAGGCCUGAUAGAGCUGGCUCUUCCCAAGUUCUUAUGUUCUGAGAAGGAUCAAAGUGGAGUUGGAGUCCCCCCAGCAGCAGGUGGUAAAUGUCUUUGGAUACCUGGUUGAGGUCACAGGUUGCGCCAAGCUGGUGGGUCCAAGCUGGCAUUGGUAUCCGGGGACUGACAAUGUUGUGGCAAAGAUGGGCUUGGACAGCUUAGGGAGGAGCUUUUCUGAACUUCCAAUUGUUGAAGUGCAAUCUCUAAAGCGUUGCCGUUUAUUUUACUUUUUUACAGUGUUUGCUCUUUGCACUUCAGCCAAAACAGCUACCAGAGCAGCUUGCGUACAAUUGCUCAGAAACAUGGCAGUCCCAGCUGUCAGACUCACAGAUUAAAGACAGGACACAAAAGAAGAAAGGGGCAGGGAGGGAAGAGGAGGGAAAUCUCAACUCUGGCACCAAAUGCUAAAGUGGAAUAGUGCUUUCUUAUAAGGAUAAUCUGGAAUGGAGGUCAUUUCAGGACAUCAGGAGGUGUUUGUUGGAGCUGAUCUCUCUGCAGAACUGAUAAGAGUGUGAACAGGUGGUAAGAUGAACAUAGAAUGGACCACUUCUGCCACAGCCGCCAUGGCGACCAGCUGUUCCCGCAGUAAUGGAUGCCAGCCAUGCAGUUAGUUAAGGAUAAUUUGGGAGUAAUUAUCCUUGCAAGCCCCGCCCCCCAGGUUGGGGGGAGAGCUUUCCCUCGUGGAUCGUCCGAUAACUGCUUCUCGCUCCAAUGGAAUGCAGGGGCAGGGACGCAGAGUGCAUAGCACUGCAUGUAUUGGAAACUCCCCAAGGCGGUUGCCAUGAACGGCGGUAUCUCUGUUUUUUGUAAAAUGUAUCUGAUUUUGGACAUAAGAAACAUGUGUUUUGGAAGAAGGAGAAAGAUAACCUGCUAAAUGAAUCAGCCACUGGGUUUUGAUCUGGAGAGAACUUUCGUUAUCAUAAUUGGAAUGCUACGUAAGUGAGGAGGAGCCUUUGUUCUCUUUGUGUAUUUGUUGUGCUAUGAUUUGGCAAGUCUUCACUGAAGAAGAAUCAAUUAUUAAUGGAAUGAAAUUAUUAAUGAAUUACAACUAUAUAUGGAAUGCUAGAGGGAUUCAACAAGAACCUAUAAUUUUCUUUGUUGUUGUUGUUUAGUAGAGUAGUCGUGUCCGACUCUUCAUGACCCCAUGGACCAGAGCACACCAGGCACUCCUGUUUUCCACUGCCUCCCAGAGUUUCGUCAAAUUCAUGUUGGUCGUUUCUAUAACACUGUCCAACCAUCUCUUCCUCCGUCGUCCCCUUCUCCUUGUGCCCUCAAUCUUACCCAACAUCAGAGUUUUUUCCAGAGAGUCUUCUCUUCUCAUGAGGUGGCCAGAGCCUCAGCUUCACAAUCUGUCCUUCCAGUGAGCACUCAGGGUUGAUUUCCUUCAGAAUGGAUAGGUUUGAGCUUUUUGCAGUCCAUGGGACUCUUUUCUUUAUGGAGUACUUAAAAGAAUAGACUGUGUGAAAUACUGUGAUGAUUUGUGACAUUGCCCGUUAAAGAGAGCUCUGAUUCUGAUUUAUUAUGGUUUUGGCAAGGCACCAGCUCGUUAGAAGGAACAGGGAGAUAAACACUGGAAGUAGGCCAGAAGCUGUGGCCGGGCUCUGGAAUGCUUUCGGAUGAGACAAAAUGGAGACGUGUCGCACGUAGAAAUCAGUUCUCGAAGGAGGGGCAAUGUUGAAGAAAACUGACUGAUUACAACAGGAAGGGGGGGAAAGAAGGUAAAUAAAUAUUUUACACAGCUACAGGAUAUAAAACUCCCUCUGCAAUUGAAUGGAUAUGGAUUUAUUAAAUACGUUCGAAAGUGGUCACAUCAAUGGCUGCAAAAACCCCCACAAAGGAUUAAGAUCGGAAUUGUGGAACUUGGACUAAUUAAGAGAAUUGGCGCAGGAUCAAGGAAUAACAUCAAUAACAUCAACUCCUGAUAGCCGGAACAUGGGAAGUCAUCCAAAAAUGUUGAUUUUGGAACUGAUUAAUUGGUUCUUUUGAUUGUAUUGUGAUUUGGCAUGAUUUGGUAUUGUAUUAAUGUGGCCUCCAUUGGAUUGUUAUUAAUGAAAAAUUAAUAAAAAUUAUCAUAAUAAAAGAACAUAAGAAGGACCUUGUGGAUUUCGUCCUGCAUCCUGUUCUCACAGUGGCCUGUGGUAUGAGAGAGGUAGAAAUAGUUUUCUCUGUCCACUUUCUGUUCAUCAUUUUAUGAACUUCAAUCCUGUCUCCUCUUACUCGCCUUUUCUCUCAACUAAAAAGUCCCAAAUUCUGCAACCUUUAUUUAUAGAGGAGUCCCUCUUUUCCUUGGAUCAUUCUGGUUGCUUUUUUCUGAACCUUUUCCAACUCUACAAUAUCCUUUUUGAGGCGAGGCAACCAGAACUGGACACAGGAUUCAAAGUGCAGUUGCACCAUAGUUUUCAGCAUUAUGAUGCCAGCAGUUUUAUUUUCAAUUCCUUUCCUAAUGAUCCCUAGCAUGGAAUUUGCCUUUUUCACAGCCAUUGCACUUUGGAGUGACAUCUUCAUUGAGACCCAAGGUCUCGCUCCUGGUCAGUCAUCGCUAGUUCAGACCCCAUGCACAUGUAUGGGCAAUUAAGACAUUUUGGUCCCACAUGUAUCACUUUACACAUUUCACUGAAUAUCAUUUGCCAAUUUUACCACCCAUUUUCUCACUUUGGAAACAUUCUUUUGGAGCUCUUUGCAAUCUCUUUUUUAACAACUUCCCAUCAUCAGCGAACUUGACUGCCUCACUGCUCCCUCCUAAUGCACCAUCUGGCCCCUCUCUCUUGUCUCCUUCCAGCUGCCGUUGAAGCCUGUGUCCUCCACGGCCUCAAGCGGCGGGCGGCAGGCUUCCUGCGCAGCAACAAGAUUGCCGCCCUGUUCAUGAAGGUGGGGAAGAGCUUUCCUCCUGCUGAGGAAUUGUCCCGGAAGGUGCAGGACCUGGAGCAGCUCAUUGAGAAUGUGUAAGUCUAUGCUCUGAGCCUGGGUGUGCGCAUGGGGCUGAGACAUGGCCGGACAUCAGCUGGAAUGGGGCUUCAAGCAGCAGAAGGAGAGCUUUGGCCCUUGCAUCUAAUCCCCAGCGUCAGGCCCCUGGAGAAGUCUGGAGGGCCAUUGGACCUGGGUUGCUAGUGCAAGACUUAUGUGAUUUUAUGGUGGUAUUUUUAUUUACUGUAAGAGGAUUGUUUGAUUUUAUUCAUUAUUUCUUCAUGGGUGUUCUCAUUAAUUGUUCAUUGUUUAAAUUUUGUUAUAUUUUGUAACUUGGUAAAUUAUGUAAUUAUUUUUUUAUUUGUGAGCCACCUUGAACAUAGUUUGUUCUGGAAUGGCAGUAUCCAAAUAAACAAUGACGAUGCUGAGACUCCUGGACCAAUAAUUUUUGUGACAUGAAAAAGUAGCCUCUGAUUUAGCCCCAAACUGGUCUGUGCAGAUUAGGCCUUAUUUUGCUGCAAUUUUCCUUCCACAUUCUUGUUCUUAAAAACCUGGGUUAUAUCCUUUUGUAAGCAAAUAUGUCCAGUAAAUAGAUGAGUGCAUCAACUUUGUGCAUGUCUUUCUGGGAGAUUUUGGGCAGCCACAGAUAUGGGUGAAUAUGGGACUUGUUCUCCCUUUUCCCCUAAGGCGAAACCAGAGCCCGGGUGUCCAGGAGAGCACACGCAAGGCAUCCAAGCUCCCCAGCCUCUCCCCGCAGGCCAUCAAGCACCUCUGGAUCCGGACGGCACUUUUCGAAAAGGUCCUGGACAAAAUAGUGCUCCACUUGGUAGAAAACAGCAGGUAAAGAGAGACAAUGAGUGGCAGCAGUUUCCUUUGCCUGCCUCCGCUCCUGAGGGAGACAUCCAUAAGGUUCGUUUGCACAGUGAAACUUUGGUCUUUUCAGCAUCUGGGUUCAUUGGACUUCACAUGGGAAGUAGGCGUUGUGAUGAAUUCCCCAUGUGCCUGAUCAAUUUGUGGAGAUCCAGAGUUUGUUUUAGGCCAUUUGGAAAGCAUGUCUGAAACUGUCUUCUGUUGGACAAGAAGAGCCUGCAGCAAAAUGUUGCAGUGCCCACCCCCCGCAAAGCAGGAAUGUUUUUUGAGGUUAUGAUUUUACUUCCCAACUGAUGCACAACAUUUUGUUUCUGAGCAUGUCCAGUUGAGCUGGGGAGAGAUACUUUACCCCCUUAGGUUUUAAAAUAUAAAAAUAAAUAAAAUAAGUCACCUUGGAAUCUCUCUGGAUUAGAAGGUGGAGUAGAAAUCAAAUAAACAAACAAAUUAAUAAAUAAAUAAAGGGCAAAACUUUAGUAAUAUCUAGUGAUAUUCAAAACCACUAUGAACAUAGCUAUAAACUAUACAACGUACAGAAGCCAACACAAUUCUAUUAAGGAUAAAAACAUUUCUCUGUGUGGUUAACACCAGACUGCAAGUACUGCAGAACAGCUUGAUGCCCUUGGGCUGAAGCCAUUUUGCCUAAAUUUUAGGUGCUGCAAUUGAGUAUUGUAUCAUGACUUCUGAUGGGGGCUCAACAUUCUCAGCUGCUGGUCAAAGCUAGCCAGCAAGGGAUAUGGUCUAGUGGGGUGCUGGAUUCUCCCUGGCUGGGGCCAGGUGGGUGGAGCUCUGUCUCUGGGUCUCCUUGGGCAAACACAGAUCAGGAGGAGAAUUGGGCAGCGCAAGAUAAUUUGUGAUUUUGGAAGGGAGUGGAGUGGGCUUCUUGUAGUGGGAAAGCUUCUUAUCUUUCCCCCCUUUUUUCCUCUCUCUCUAACUUCUUAAAAGGUGCUGUCAUUUAAAAAGAAUAUAAAAAGGAAGAAGGCAUUGGGUGGUGGGGAAGGAGAUAGAGAAAAGUAAGAAGCUCCCACUUCUGUCAUGGUAGCCUCUAAAACUGCCCCCAUCCCAAACUGUGUCAGGUCCUGUAUGAUCACUGAAAAAGUCUCCUCCAAUUAGCGCCCUUCAAAUAAGGUGGUGUAUUCGGGACAGCCAUUUAGAUCUACCUCUGCAAAGAAAUCUAUGCCUUCCUUUUGGGCAUGGAUGUGGUAGAGAAGGACAUCACUGCCUUUAACCUGUGUGCUUAAAAAGCAUUUCUACAGGGAAAGGCAGGAGGGAGCCUCACUGAUGUUGCAUCAUGCUGAAUUUUAGUCCCCUGCAAGCCAGACUGAAAGGAGGCUCUGGCAACAGCAGAAUUUAAAUCCUGUAAUUUGUGUUAAUUCAAGCCUGUUUCCUUCUCAGCUCCUUUUCCAACAGACUGAGAAAAUGGUAUCCUAGCUUAAGCCAAGCUCAUAAUUUUUCAGUGAGCAGAUUAAUGGUCAUACAAUAGCCUAGUUCAGUGCUGGAGAAUUUUCACUUUUACUGGCAUGCAGAGGCAACUGGAGGAAUACCCAGCGGUAUGUUAAAUGCAGUGCUGUGCUAAAAAAAAAGCCCUCACCCCAUUAUUUCCCCCCAACCAUGCUCCAUCAAUUAAUGAGAGAAAUUGCAUUUGGAAGUUAACAAGGGGGAAAGGAAAUUUUGGUGAGAUUCUCAUGGGUUUUGGGGGUGCUGACCUUAUUGAUACAGUGGCCCGGGGGUGGCUGUGAGGGUCCUUACCCUUAUCCUGCAGCUGGCAGCCUUACUGGGUGCCCCCAAUGAAAGUGAGGAUGUCAUUGGGUCCCUCCUCCCACAGGGCAUUUUUGGAUGGGGAGGUGUGGGCAGCCAGGGAAGCUGUAGAGUGCUGGAGAAAUGUUUCCUGGGAGGAAGAUGCACGCACCAUACCCUUCCUGGGGUUAAUAAAGCCUUUCUCUCUCUCUCCUUCUUUUCUGUCUGUACAGCAAAUACUAUGAGAAGGAAGCCCUGCUGAUGGAUCCAGUUGAUGGGCCAAUCCUUGCCUCUUUGCUGGGUAAUGUGGCUUCGCUUGCUUCUGCACUGACACCCUGAUGUACUUUGGGGCUGACAAAUGUGCUUUUCUGAAGUGCUGUUGAGUGGUAAAACCUGACUGUUUUGGAGCAAUACUUUGCUUGUGUUCGAGAUGCUGGGAGUGAAUUUUCAAGUUAUACAGAUAAAGUCUUUUAGAGUAGGUACUUGCAGUUGGGCAGGACCAGAGGUAGAAGUGCAUGGGGCACAGAGCCAAGGGUGAAACUCCUGCCUGGCUACAUUUCAGCAAAAGUCAGAGGUUUCCAUGCAAGCAAACAUAAUAAUUAUUGCAGUUCCAGGAUACCUUCCAGUGGAGCAGGAACACCUGAGAAGGGGGUGGAGAUGGGGUGGGGCAUUCAUUGUCUGGAGUGGGAGCAUGGUCUGGGGAGAGUCUCAGGUCCCCUGCCCUUGCUCUAGAUCAGUUGGAGACUCAGGUUUGGGAAACCCUGCUCUAGGCAAUAAGAGCCCCCACUCCUCAGUAUAUCUUAUUGUAGGGAGGGGGACCCUGUAUCAGCUAGGUUUCCCCCUUGGCUGUUUUCUGCUUCCUCUAAUGAAUGGAGAGAAGAGAUGGGGAUGCCUUCAGGGAAAUGGGGGGGGGGGCAUACCUGCUCCCCAGUGCCCCCAACUGGAACCCUGGAGAAAGUGGGUAGAGAAAAGUUUUUCUUCCUCUCUCAUAACACUAGAACACGUGGACAUCCCUUGAAGAUGAAUGUGGGAAGAUUGAGGAGAGAUGCAAGAAAGUCCUUCUUCACGCAGCGCGUGGUUAAGCUAUGGAACUCCCUCCCACAGGAGGCAGUGAUGGCCACCAACUGGGAUUGGGCAGAUUCAUGGAGAUAAGGGCUAUCAGUGGCUCCUAGCUGCAAUGGCUCUGCUCUGCCUUCACAGCUGAAGGCAGUAAAUGCAUCUGAAUCCUAGUUGCCGGAAGCUGCAGGAGGGAGAGAGAACUUGUGCUCAGGCACUGCUUGUGGGUUUCACUUUGGGGCAUCUGGCUGAUGGCGAACAGAAUGCUGAACUCAGUGGGCCAUUGGCCUGAUUCAGCAGGCUCUCCUUGUGUUCUCAUGUUCUUCAUUAUGGUGUCUCAAGGUUUUGGGUUCUUGCAUCAAGGGCAUGCUGCACACACUGGUACUCCAACCUUCUGGGAUUUUCCUGAUUAAUUCAGUGCUCUGGAAUUUGGUCCAGCUGUUGAGCUGGACCAAAGCGGGGAGGCGGUCUGUGUGUUUGGGGAGCAGCGGCAAAUGGGGGACAGCCGCCUACCAGCUUGCUCUCCUUGUUUCCUCUGCCUGCCCUGCCUAUUGCCUCCUUCCACAGUGGGACCUUGUGCACUGGAGUACACCAAGAUGAAGACCGCCGACCAUUUCUGGACCGACCCCUCGGCUGACGAGCUGGUCCAGCGCCACCGAAUCCACAGCUCUCACUGCCGCCAAGACUCGCCCACCAAACGCCCAGCUCUCUGUGUAGGUUUCAGAAGCUGCAGGGAAGCAGCUGGGACUGUGGGGCAUGUGUGCACAUGCACAUGUGAGGUUAUUGAUGUCUUUGUGUCAUGCAUGUUGUGGGGAAGGUUCAUGACCAACACAUUAAAAUCAUCAUUAAAGACAGCACUCUAAAACAUUCCAAAGAUAAAAUCAGCAACCAGCUAAAAACCGAUUAAAACAUCCAUCAACAUUCUACAUGUCUGGGUAGCCUUAUCUAAACAAAAACAUUUUUAGCAUGCGCUGAAAAGAGUACGGUGGAGGUGCCUGCCUGAUGUCAAUAGGGAGGGACUUCCAAAGUGUUCGGGUGCUGCCGCACUAAAAUAUUGAUUCUUACAAAAGCAGAACAAGUAUUACGUGGUGCCAGUCGCAAUGCCAGUUCUGCAGAUCAAAGUGGUUAAAGUGGGUGCAUAUGGCAGGUAAGGCAACCUAACAGGUAAACUGGUUCCAAGUUGAUUUCCUGCUGGAUUCUCCUAGAUUCAGAAGAGGCAUUCCAGUGGAAGCAUGGACGACCGGCUGUCUCUCUCAGCCAGAGACUACGUUGAGUCGCUGCACCAGAACUCCAGAGCCACACUCUUAUACGGCAAAAAUAAUGUAUUGGUGCAGCCGGUGAGUAGAGCAAAGACAGUAGCCUCUCUGGAUUAGAAAGGGGUUGCUUUGAAACCAAAUCUAGUAGCCACUAGCAAAGGUGGGAAGCACCAUAAAUCUUUUACCAUGGUCAAAUGAUCACUGCUGAAACACUGAGCAUACAUACAGUUGUGCUAGCUGUGAGGAGAACUCAGGAAAUUUGCAGAAUGCUAGCAAUUUCUUUCCCCACCCCCAACCAUGGAGUGAGUAGAUAUCUUUCUUUGUAACCCUCUGGGCUCUGUAAUGUCAUGGCCCCUCAGUCAUAAGAGCUGGAAACUGGCCUCUUAAUUUUUUAACAGAGAUUUUCAAGAUGCAGAACAGACCCCCAGAGGGUGUUUGACCCUUGGCUAUAACAGUAUAACAAUAGCUAGGAUGUCACAGGUUCCCCUGUACACAUCUAGCAGAUCCUAGAAUGGGCAUGUCUAGUAGGAUUGUGCUGUAAGCCAUUCAGCUUGAGUUGACUCCCAGAGUGCAGUCCGGGGGGCACUUUCCCGAAGCUAAGCAGGGCCAGGUAUGGUCAGUGCCUGGAUGGGAGGCUUGCCUGGCAAUGACAUUGCUAGGUACUUAAAGAACGGCACAUAGGUCAAAUUUGCAUAAAAUCUACAUAUGUUGAGCUUUGUGUACAGACGUCCCAAGUUCAAUCCCCAGCAUCUCCAGGUCCAGCUGGGAGAUCCCCUGCCAGUCAGUGUAGACCAGGCUUCCUCAAACUCGGCCCUCCAGAUGCUUUUGGCCUACAACUCCCAUGAUCCCUAGCUAGCAGGACCAGUGGUCAGGGAUGAUGGGAAUUGUAGUCUCAAAACAUCUGGAGGGCCGAGGUUGAGGAAGCCUGGUGUAGACAAUACUGAGCUAGAUGAGCCCCGGGUCACCUGGCAGCAGCUGUUCCAUCAGGUGGCAGGAGAGGAGCGGAGAGAAGGGCCAGGGCCGUCCUACCAGCCUUGUUGGGCAUGUCCUUCCAUGGCAUUUUUCUGGCCCAGCUGCCCAUUAGAAGAAUUCAUAAAUAAGCACGUCUACCCGAGUUUGCUGAUUUCCUCCUCCCUCCUGUUCCAUUUUCUUUUUGUUCCAUGUUUUUAUAGAUUAUAAGGCUCUGGGAAUCAGGAUGGGCUGUAAGUCAGUGGCAGAGCAUCUGCUUUGCAUACAGAAGGUCCCAAGUUCAAAUCUCGGUAUCUUCAGGCAGGGCUGGGAGAGAAGGACCCCCGUCUGAAACACUGAGGAGCUGCUGCCAGUCAGUGCAGACAGUACUGAGCUAGACAGACCAAGGGACUGACUCCGUAGAUGGCGGCUUGCUUUGCUAAUCCUUUCUUUGCCAUAUGGCAGAAUAAUUAAAGAAAAAGCACCAAAUAGAUAUUUAAAUAAUAAAAUAAUUAAAAAGCAAACAACUCUUCUUCCUUUUCCUCUUUUCUUAGCGUGAUGAUAUGGAGUCCAUCCCAGGAUAUUUGUCCCUUCACCAGACUGCUGACGUCAUGACUCUCAAGUGGACCCCAAACCAACUGAUGAAUGGCUCUGUGGGUGAUCUGGACUAUGAGAAAAGGUGAGCAGCACAGAGAAUAGAUUAUCCUAAUGCAUAUAACAGGAUAAAAAAGCAGCAUAAAAAGAAACUAAAGUAAGCAGCAACAUUAUAAGCUCAGUCAGUAGAGCAUGAGCAUCUCAGGGUUAUGGGCUUGAGCCCCAUGUUGGGCAAAAGGGGUUAGACUGGAUGACCCUCAUGGUCCCUUCCAACACUUCAGUUCUAUGAUUCCAUGAAAAAUUAUAGUCGUCACCUACUCCAAAAGAAGAAAAUUAAGAAAAGGCGUUUAAGUUGCUGCACCACAGAAUUUAUCCACGUUGAAAACAAUUGAUCAGCCUCCCUCAACCUGAUGCCUUGCAGAUGCUGUGGACAGCAACUCCCAUUAGCGCUAGCUGGGGCUGAUGGGAGUUGUAGUUGAAAACACCUGGAAGGCACCAGGCUGGGGGAGGCUGCAAUGGCUGCAUUUUGACCUGACAGGAGUAUUUUGACCUGAAAGGAUGUCAUAUGCUUUGGAGCUUCCUGGCAGAUUUAAUUAGAGGAGUUUGAUAAAGAUUUCUGUGUAGAUCUUGAGAGCCCUGCAGGGGAGCCCAAAACAUCUGUGGGCACCUGGAGGAAGGAGGCUGGACUACACAGGGGUGGGAGGGUGGGGGAGCUUUCUUCGCUUCUUAGACAAAUUCAUUGCUAGGAGAGAGCUAUCGAUGGCUCCUGGCCACCAUGGCUCUGCUCUGCCUCCACAGUCAGAGGCAGCUGUGCUUCUGAAUCCCAGCUGCUCGAAACUGAAGGUGAGGAGACGACUCUAGUGCACAGGUCCUGCACAGACAUCUGGUUGGCCCCUGUGAGAACAGGAUGCUGGCUGAGAUGGGCCCCUGGCCGGAUCCAGCAGGCUUUGCUUAUCAGCAGCUGUGCUUGUCCAGAUUCCUGCUGGCUCCUUCUUACGCUGGGUGGGGCUCCAUAUUCUGGCCUCAAGCACGUUGUCCGAGCUGCUGCAUUUCCCCAAAGGUCAAGGAAAAAACGCCUGCUUUCCUGUGUUUGCUUUUGCAAGGCCUCAGGUAGCAUGGCUGCACUUUUUUAAGCCUGGGCAAAGAGAAGUGAAAGACAAAUGAAACCCCAAAAGGUUCAGUCACCGCCUUUUGAAGAAGGAUCUGAAGGGUCAGAGCUUGUCCUGCCCACUCGGGCUCCUCCUGUGCUAUACAUUUAAAGCACUACAGUGGUACCUCGGGUUAAGUACUUAAUUCGUUCCGGAGAUCCGUUCUUAACCUGAAACUGUUCUUAACCUGAAGCACCACUUUAGCUAAUGGGGCCUUCUGCCGCCGCGCUGCUGGAGCACGAUUUCUGUUCUUAUCCUGAAGCAAAGUUCUUAACCUGAAGCACUAUUUCGGGGUUAGCCAGAAUGUGUAACCUGUGUUAUGGUAAAAUCUGGGUGCGAGGCUACUCUGCCACCCAGCUCGUCGGACUCUUCCCUGCGGGUCCCUGCGGAAGAAAAUGAGCUCAGCCGGAGACAGGAGCAAACUGCAGAAGAUCCAAGUUUAUUGCGCAACAGGUUCAAGACGAGAUUGAACAGCGAGAAAGGGGUGACAUGAACUUUUGAAAUUUCCCUCCAUGUCCCAGAAUACAGUGCAAAAUACAUCCCAGUUACAUCAUGAAUACAUUAAGAAGAGGUUGGGUUACACAGAUUACAUCAUGAAUACAUUAAGAAGAGGUUGGGUCACACAGGAUUAACAUAUGGAGGAGGGAGGGGGGAAUAUGCAGAGCUGGAGAUAUGCGCAGAUAAGCACAUCCUGAGUACCUGAUGAGAAGACAAUGGUCCAUGUAUGCAUGGUCUGCCACCUGGCCUUGCCCGGAGGAAAGGCUUGGCAGAGUGAUUUGACAGGAUUAGGGUCUUGACACCUUGCUUGAGGGAUUAUGGAGGACAGGGGAGGUGUCAUGGAGUCCUAGAGAAAUUGAGCAAAUUGGCAAGUUGGUUUUCUAUGAAUUUUAUAGAUUUUAGUCCCUUUUGACAUUGACAAUUGGAAAUAAAUGGAUAUAUUGUAGCGAAGAAGGAGGUGAAGAAGACAUGCCCCCCCUUCCGUAUCACCUGAAGCGUAUGUAACCUGAAGUGUAUGUAACCCAAGGUACCACUGUACAACUCCACUUGAAAGAAUCAUGGCGUGCCCCCAAAGAAUUCUGGGAAGUGUGGUUUGGGAAGGGUGCUGAGAGUUGCAGAGGGACUCCUCUUCCCCUCCCAGAGUUACAAUUUUCAGAGUGGCUUAACAGUCAAUCCCUUUUCAGCAGAAACUGAAAGAGGAAUGUGGGGUGUCUGUCUCCUAAUAUCUCUCAGGGGCCUUAACAUUUGGAAUAAUUGUGUGAAUGAGGAUGCUAACAUUUAAGUCACUUAAACAUUUCAAUAAAGCUGAAACGCAACAAACAGCAAUUCAGGUUUUAUGCAGAUUUCUAUUCACUGUGAUUUAACACUCAAGAGCACUUUUCACGGAGCGGAGGAAGAAAGAGCGCUUGGACACAGAGCUUUCAAGUGCGAAUCAUGCCUGGGAAGGGAGGAGGAAAAGGUGAAUAAGUCCUUAGUUGUGCUCGUCAAGGGUUAGGAGGAGAGGAGGGCUGCCCAGCGUCAGAGCCAGUGCACCCUCUGCUGGGGUUGAGGCAGAAUGGCCGGCACUCUUCUUACUGCUUUGUGCCAGUUGUCAGCAGGGAUUUUCUGAGCGAAAGCCUGGACCUUCCGCCAAAGCCAAACACACACACAAAGAGAGAGAGAGAGAAAGUGCCAUCCUUGCUCAUGUUGCUUGUCAACCUCCCCCCCCCCCCCACUCCUUCUACUCCCUGGCCACCACCCUCCUCCCCAUUGGGCAGGUGCUGCCCAGCUAGCCUCUAAGUUUGUCAUCACACUUUUUUUCACAGUGCUACCUACUGGUGGUUGUGUGAACUGCAGAGCAUGACAACAGCCUUAGAUGGUUAUGUAUACAGUGGUACCUUGGGUUACAGACGCUUCAGGUUACAGGCGCUUCAGGUUACAGACUCCGCUAACCCAUAAAUAUUACCUCGGGUUAAGAACUUUGCCUCAGGAUGAGAACAGAAAUCGCGCUGCUGCAGCGAUUAACCUCAGGUUAAGAACAGUUUCAGGUUAAGAACGGACCUCCAGAACGAACUAAGUUCUUAACCCGAGGUACCACUGUAUAAGAAGAUAUAUCUAGAUAAUGGUCAAUGGUGGUGUCUUAACAGGUUUAGAAUCAUAGAAUUGUAGUGUUUGAAGGGACCAUGAGGGUCAUCUAGUCCAGUCCUCUGCAGUGCAGGAAUCUUUCACCCAAUGUGGUGCUUGAACCCACAACCCUGAGAUUAAGAGUCUCCUGCUCUACAGACUGAGUUAUCCCAGGUUUCCUGCUGAAAUGUAAUUAUGCAGAGUUGCACCAGCCAUACUGGUAGCUUAAAUGAUAGCUUCAGCUGCCAAUCAGCAAUGCUGCCAUCAUCUCUACAGGUGAGCUAAAUUUUCAUAACCAGCUCUUGCAAUUUCAGUGGUCCAACAGGUGGGAGCCAGUCUGAAAGAUGAUGCAUCAAUUGCAUGUUAACUCAGAACUUCAAUAUUAUUCACUAAAUUGGUACAAAAACUGGUAGCAUAGAUGUAGUGAAAAUUGCAGUUUCAUUUUUUAAAGUGAGAGAACUCACUGUGGAAGGAUUCUCUAAUAUUGUGGAACUUACUGCCACACAAUUUGGGAUGGGUCUCUUUUUUCCGUUGAGCAUUUGCCAGGAGUUUAGUUUUGCUUAUUCCCACUCCAUUUUCUUCCUGUUAGAGGUGGAUGUGGGGCUGACCCUUCAGGGAGUUUUCUGAGGGUGACCCCGAUGGGCUUUGUUCUUCCCUCUCACAGCAUCUACUGGGACUACGCCAUGACCAUCCGCCUGGAGGACAUUGUCUACCUCCACUGCCACCAGCAAGGUAAGAGAGGGGCUGGUUCCGCUACAGAAUCUGCUUUGGUCGCCCUGUCUGGUGGUCAGUCCAGUUUGGGCUCUGGCUCCACCCACGACUGACCUGGAGGGGAAGCAGGAGAGAAGCACCCCAUUCUCUGGAAAGAGAGUAGAAGCUUCUCCACAUCAAAACCAGAAACCUGUUGUAUGUACGAGGGGAUUUAAAGGGCGCACGAGGGGUGCAUUGUCGACAUUAAGCAGAGGUGUGGGUGGCCCUAGGCCAUUUGGGGGUGGGGGCAACAAAAUGCUUCUGGCUCCCCCUGGAGCCCAGUGGGGUUUCUUUGGACAGAAUCUGGUUCUCACCUCUUCCCUCUUUUCCGUCUCUCUCCCCCCACCCGCUUUCUCUUGCCAAUAGUAGACAGUGGGGGCACAGUUGUCCUGGUAAGCCAAGACGGCAUCCAACGCCCACCACUGCGAUUCCCGAAAGGUGGGCACCUCCUGCAGUUCCUCUCCUGCCUAGAAAAUGGGCUCCUGCCCCAUGGCCAGCUGGACCCCCCUCUGUGGUCACAGAGGGGGAAGGUAAGGCUGGCUGCAGCCUGAGGGGGUGAGGGUGGCCUCUCAUGGGUUGGCCUCUCACAGCUCGGGACUGGUAAUCUCCAUUCAAAAAUGACUUUGUAGAGCUGGAAAAGGACAAGUGAGGUGAUCAAGGGGGAUGGAGAACCCUCCUACAAAGAAAGGCUGCAGGGUUUUGGACAUUAUAGUUUAGAGAAAAGGCAAAUCAUGGCUUAUCCACACCCUUUUGCCCUGAUCUUUACAGCCACAGUCCACGCUUAAAAGCUCCAUGUCCAAACAUUUCUUCUUCUUUCUUUGGCUCCAAGCUGUCCCCACAAAAACCCAUUCUUUAAAGCUCAAUCGGAUCGGAGCAAACGUCAAUUUGGGUUUUCUGCCGAAUGACAUUUGCUCUGAUUGAGCUUCAAAGAAUGGGGUUUUGUGGGAAAAGCUCUGAGCAAAAAAAGCACAACCCCAACCCCUGCUCAGACCUGGAGCUUUUAAGUGCAGUCUGUGCCUGGAGACAGUGGAGGAAAGGCAAAUGUGCAUAAGGCCUAAGAGGAAACCUGAUGGAAGUUUAUGAAGUCAUGCAUGGCAUGGAGAAAGUGGAGAGGGAAAUGUUUUUCUCCUUCUGUCAUUACAUUAGAACUCAUGGGCAUCCAAUGAAGUUGAAGAUUUUAAGGUAUAUAGACAACAGAAAGGCCUUCUUCACAUAGUAAAACUCUGGAACUCCCUCCCACAGGAGGCAGUAAUGGCCUCCAACUGAGAUGGCUUUAAAAGAGGACUAGACAAAUUCAUAGAGGACGAGAGGCCUAUCAAUGGCUACUGGCUACGAUGGCUGCACUCUGCCUACAAGGUCAGAGGCAGCAGUGCUUCUGAAUGCCAGUUGCUGGAAACCACUGGAAGGGAGAGGGCUCUUGCCUUUGAUUCCUGCUUGUGGGCUUGGCAGAAGAGGCAUCUGGUUGGCCACUCUCAGGACAGGAUGCUGGACCAGAUGGGCCUCACUGGAUGGAUCCAGCAGGCUCUUCUGAUGUUCUUAUGAACUGUUCGUGGGCUCUGGAAGUGGCAGUGCAAGAAGGGUUUUGUGGGUCUUCUGUUCUCCUGCUUUGCUUUUAGAGGGGUUGAGGAAGGUAUAGGCCUCAGGAACCGAUGGAGGGCAUCUGCUGGAGCUCAAGGUCUGUCAAAGAGCUCCUGCUUUGCAUGGGGAAGCCCCUCGGCUCAGUCCCCAGUGGCAUCUCCAGGGAGGGCUGAGCAGGAGGCUCUGGGUGUAUUCUAUCUGGAGUCAAAUCCUGUGAUUCUAAUCCUGCAUAUAGGUUUUUAAAAAUAUUAAUAUUCUUCUGAAUAUCAGUACUGUAGCUAGAAAUCACAGGAGGAGAACGUGAUCUUGUGCAUGGGUCCUGCUUGUGGGUUUCCCAUUGGAGCAUCUGGUUGGCCACUGUGAGAACAGGAUUCUGGACUGGACAGGCACUGGCCUGAUCCAGAGGCUCUUCUGAUGUUCUUUCCAGACUGAACCCUUGUCGUGAAAUAUUGUUUUAAUCAAAUUUAAAAACUGAAUGAAGAAAAUCAGACUUGAAAAGCAACGAGGGAAAGCUGUGCUAAGGAGGGAAACCUCUGUGAUAAGGGGAGACUGUUCUCACCCCCACCCCUUCUCCCCCAUGGAAAUGUGAGCUUGGCCUUAGGCAUUCAGGAAGUUGUGUUAGAUUGAGUCAAAUAGUAGAUCCAUCAAGUUUCGUAUUGGUUUCACAGACUGGCAGUGGUUCUCCACGGUUUCAGACGGGAUAGUUCCUCACAUUGGAUGGGAAUGCUAUGGAAGUCUGAGCCUGGGACUGAGUCUGCUCUGGCCUUGGCUCGGUCGUUGUUCUGCACUAAAUGAAGCAGCCACAUUUCUGAAGAUCUUUGUUUCCUCCAAGUCUGGUCCUGACUGAAAGGAUGCUGGAAUCAACAAGGCAGACCCACAUGACCUGAAGGUGCUGCUGUGCAAUGCCCGGUCAAUGAUCCACAAGACCACCGCCAUGCAUGACUUGAUUGUGGAUGGAGAAAUGAGGUUGGAUGAGGCAGAUGGGUCUGUUCUUGCCGCUGCUUGUCCACCAGGUUUCUCUUACGCACAGCAGCCCAGGUUAUUUGGGUGGGGAGGGGGGGUUGCAGUGAUCUUUAGAAAGUCAUUAGCCUGCACCAGGCGUCCUAUUGGGACGCCAGUUUUCUGAGUGCAUGUUCUGGAGCUUGGGCAAUAGAGGCAGUGCAGGAUUCCUAUUACUGUAUUAACUUCCCUACUGCAUCAAGGAUUCCCUGCCUGAGCUGCUUCAGGUUGUGGUGGAUGUUCUCCUGAAGAAAGCUAGUUUGGUUGUCCUAGGGGAUUUUAACACCCAUGCUGACACAACCUUACAAGGAACCGCUUGGGACUUUGUGGAAUGCAUGGCCUCCAUGGGGCCGUCCCUGAAUAAGUUUGGCCCAACUCAUAGUCACGGACAUGCCUUAGACCUGGUGUUCACCUCCAUGGAUGGGGGUGAUCUGACAAUUAAGUAAAACUGAAACAAAAGAAGUGCCAUGGUCAGAUCACUUAGUGCAACUGGACUUCUCUGCGACCCUUCCCCUCUGCAGGGAUGCGGGACCGAUUCAGAUGGUCCGCCCCCACCACUUAAUGAAUCCAAAUAGUUUCCAGAGAGUGGUAGGGGAUGUUUUAUCCCAUGUUGAUGGCCUUUCAGCUGAUUCCUUGGUGGCCCGCUGGAAUGUGGAGUUAACCAGGGCUAUCGACUGUCUGGAUCUGAAGCGCCCUCUCCGAUUGCAUGGAGCCUGGACAACCCCAUGGUUUUCCCCGGAGCUGAGGGUGAUGAAACAAUCACUGAGAUGGCUAGAGCACCAGUGGCAGAAAACUCAUUCUGAAUCUGACCAGACACGGGUUACAGCUAAACGUCGAGCCUACCAAGUGGCGAUAGCAAUGGCGAAGAGAACCUUCUUCACAACCUCUAUUGCAUCUGCAGAAAACAGCAGCAAGAGACUCUUUCAGGUGGUUCACAAUCUAAUGGAACCACCUUCACCAUCGGGGCCUGGUGACAACCCCAAUAUCUUCUGCAAUGAUAUUGCAAAGUCUUUUGCAGAUUAAAGUCACUCAGACUCCACCGUGGGAGCAGGGCCAGGGCGGGAAAGUGCUAGAGUCCUGUCUAGACAAGUUGCAUAGGAUCAGUUCCAAUCUGUUACCUCUGAGGAUGUGGACAGGCUGCUUGGACAAGUGAAACUGACCAAAACAUCCUCAGUCGCACUGGUCAAGGAUCUCCAGUGUGCCGGGGAUUGAGGUGAUAGCUGUUUCCUAGUUCUGCUGGAUCUCUCAGUGGCUUUGAUACCAUCGAACCAUGACAUCCUUCUGGACCAUCUAGAGGAGCUGGGAGCUGGGGGCACUGUCAUACAGUGGUUCCACUCCUGGGUUGUAUCCAGAAAGUGGUGUUGGGGGAUGAGUGUUCAGACCCCUGGGCUCUCACUUGUGGGGUGCCUCAGGGUUCUGUCCUCUCUCCCAUGCUCAUAUAGAAGCCACUGGGAGAGAUCAUCAGGGGGGUUGGGUUGAGUGUUCAUCAGUAUGCGGAUGAUACCCAGCUCUAUCUCUCUUUUCAUUCAGAACCAAUGAAGGCAGUGAAGGUCCUGUGUGAGUGUCUGGAGGCAGUUGGAGGAUGGAUGGCAGCUAAUGGAUUGAGGUUGAAUCCUGACAAGACAGAAGUACUGUUUUUAGGGGACAGGGGACGGGCAGGUGUGGGGGACUUCCCGAUCCUGAAUGGGGUAACUGUGCCCCUGAAGGACCAGGUGUGCAGCCUGGGAGUCAUUUUGGACUCGCAGCUGUCCAUGGAGGCGCAGGUCAAUUCUGUGUCCAGGGCAGCUGUUUACCAGCUUCAUCUAGUACGCAGGCUGAGACCCUACCUGCCCACAGACUGUCUCGCCAGAGUGGUGCAUGCUCUAGUUAUCUCCCGCUUGGACUACUGCAAUGCACUCUAUGUGGGGCUACCUUUGAAGGGACCUGGAAAUUACAACUAAUCCAGAAUGCGGCAGCUAGUCUGGUGACUGGGAGCGGCACCGAGACCAUAUAAAGCAGGCUUCUUCAACCUUGGCCCUCCAGAUGUUUUGAGACUACAAUUCCCAUCAUCCCUAGCUAGGUAUCAUGGGAGCUGCAGGCCAAAAACAUCUGGAGGGCUGAGGUUGAGGAAGCCUGAUAUAAAGGACCUUCAUUGGCUCCCAGUGCGUUUCUGAGCACAGUUAAAAGUGUUGGUACUGACCUUUAAAGCCCUAAACUGCCUCAGCCCUACAUACCUGAAGGAGCUUUUUUGUUCCCAUCGUUCAGCCCGGACACUGAGAUCCUCCUCCAAGGGUCUUCCGCUGGUUCCCUCACUGUGAGAAGCGAGGUUACAGGGAACCAGGCACAGGGCCUUCUCAGUAGUGGCACCCUCCCUGUGGAACACCCUCCCUUCAGAUGUCAAGGAAAUAAACAACUAUCUGACUUGUAGAAGAAAUCUGAAGGCAACCCUGUUCAGGGAAGUUUUAAAUGUUUGAUGUUUUAGUAUGUUCUGAUAUAUGCUGUGAGCCGCCCAGAGUGGCUGGGGAAACCCAGCCAGAUGGGUGGGGUAUAAAUAAUAAAAUUAUUAUUAAUAAUAAUAAAUUUUUUUGACUCCUCAAAGGGGAAGGUGUUUCCAAAGCUGAAGAAGCGAAGCCCCCAGGGGUCCUCGGAGUCAGCAUCAGACAAGGAGGAGGAGGAGGCAACUGAUUACGUUUUCCGGAUCCUCUAUCCUGGCCUUCAGUCAGAGUUUGGUAAGGUUGCUCGCCUGGUAGAAACUGAGAAAGCUGACAUAGUUAUCUUAAAUAAGAUUUUUUUUCCACCUUAGGCUAACUUUUUAAUUUUACUAUAUGUUAUAAACAUAUAGGAGUGUAUUCCAUUCAUAUUUCAUAAGCCAUUGUAGCCUGCCUUCCAUGACCUGAGGAAUAUCAAGGAAUGCUCAGAGGUGUGCAUGAUCCAGUUUGGAUACAUUAAAAUUCUGCACCAAGGAAUGCUCAUGUCCACCACCAGUAUAAAUUAUGGAAAUUUGCUUACUUUGUGUCAGGCAUGGAGAGUCCUCCCCUCCCUUCAGUAACUUCACAGAUAAGAAUUAAUGAGCAGCUGAUAGAUCUAUAGUCCUUUUAUUACAGCAUCAUGUUGCGAGCACAAAUACGCAGCUCUCCACAAGGAAGGCAGUUGGCUAGUCUAAUCCUCUUUCUGGCUUCCGCAGCAUUUUGGGCGCCAACGGGAAGUUCCUCCCUCUGACUCCUUUGUUCCCUGAUACGUUUGGACCUCCAAGUCCGAGGGGAGGUCCCUCACACUUUCAAGUGACGAGAGAACUAGCUGCCCCCUCCCUUCUGGUUCUGUUGUCAUUAUCUCAUAACUGAGUAACUCCCCCAAGCUGUUCAGCUUCUGCCUGUCUCUGCUUCUGAACAUGCUGUGGACAAGGGGGGGCGACUCUUCCCCCUCCAGCUCUCCAUCGGAGAGAAGCUGGUCUGCCAUAGAAUGCAUUCCCCAGUCCUCGUCUUCAGGCCAAUCCCUGACACUUUGCAUAAUGUAUUAUACAGUCCUUACCAUGCUUUUUAACAUCUACAUGAAGCCGCUGGGAGAUCAUCAGGGGGUUUGGGCUGGGUGUCCAUCAAUAUGCGGAUGAUACCCAGCUCUACCUCUUUUUCAAAUCAGAACCAGUGAAGGCGGUGAAGGUCCUGUGUGAGUGUCUGGAGGGGGUUGGAGGAUGGCGGCUAAUGGAUUGAGGUUGAAUCCUGACAAGACGGAAGUACUGUUCUUGGGGGACGAGGGACGGGUGGGUGUGGGGGACUCCCUGGUCCUGAAUGGGGUAACUGUGCGCCUGAAGGACCACGUGCGCAGCGUUGGAGUCAUUUUGGACUCACAGCUGUCUAUGGAGGCGCAGGUCAAUUCUGUGUCCAGGGCAGCUGUUUACCAACUCCAUCUGGUACGCAGGCCUAUCUGCCCGCAGACUGUCUCACCAGAGUGGUGCAUGCUCUAGUUAUCUCCCCCUUGGACUACUGCAAUGCGCUCUAUGUGGGGCUACCUUUGAAGGUGACUCAAAAACUACAACUAAUCCAGAAUGCGGCAGCUAGACUGGUGACUGGGGGCGGCCGCCUAGACCAUAUCACACCGGUCCUGAAAGACCUACCGGUACAUUGGUUCCCAGUACAUUUCCGAGCACAAUUCAAAGUGUUGGUGCUGAUCUUUAAAGCCCUAAAUGGCCUCAGCCCAGUAUACCUGAAGGAGCGUCUCCACUCCCAUCGUUCUGCCCGGACACUGAGAUCCAGCGCCAAGGGCCUUCUGGCGGUUCCCUCGCUGCGAGAAGCCAAGUUACAGGGAACCAGGCAGAGGGCCUUCUCGGUAGUGGCACCCGCCCUGUGGAACGCCCUCCCACCAGAUGUCAAAGAGAAAAACACUACCUGACAUUUAGAAGACAUCUGAAGGCAGACCUGUUCAGAGAAGUUUUUAAUGUGUGACAUUAAUGUGUUUUUAAUGUGUGACAUUUUAAUGUAUUUUUAAUCUUUGUUGGAAGCUGCCCAGAGUGGCUUGGGAAACCCAGGCAGAUGGGCAGGGUACAAAUAAUAAAUUACUAUUAUUACUAUUACUAUUACUAUUACUGAUUUGCAUAUUUUAUUCAUGGUUUGCUCACUCGGAGCUGUGUAAGGCGCUGGCGUCCCAGCCAGUCUCUGGCUUCUGAAGUUUCAGCCAGUGUUGCCCACACUUUGGGAGCUUGCUUUCAUAAGGAUUAGAAAUCUGUACUUGUAUUUAAAUAUAUUAAUAAAUGAAAGUUGGGGAAACUGAAUCCUCCAUCAAACAUCAAAGGGUGUGUAUUUGCUCUGCUCUCUCUAGAUGUUGACUGACUCCCAACUCCUAUUGUGUUAGUGAUCUUAAUUAUUGUUCUUUUCAUUUAUAUCCAACCUUUUCAUCCAAGGAGCUCAAGUUGGCAUACAUAAUUCUCCUCCCCGUUUUAUCCUCACAACACCCCUGGGAGGUAGGUUAGGCUGAGAGGCAGUGACUGGCACCCAAGGCCACUCAUUGAACUUCAUGGCUGAGUGAGGAUUUGAAUCCUGUUCUCCCAAGUCCUAAGCCCAACACUCUAACCACUAGGCCACACUGGCUAUCUUUUGCUUUCCCAUAGGGGGAUUUCUGGCCAAUGAUGGAUUUUUCUACUAUUCCUAGAAUCGUAGAGUUGGAACCAACCCUCAGCAAUGUGGGAAUCACAGCUAGUGAGUUCCUAUUGUGUUUUUCCUUUUUCCAGGCUUGAGGAAGCGGCAUGGACUGUGCCCGCCUUCAUGUUUUGCCUUUUCUCUCCCUUCCUCUUUAGUGGUUGUUAACCACCCUUCUUGCCUUCCCUCCAACUCUACUGCCGCUGGGAAAGAAAAGGCCUGGAUGCGUCGGACCUCUGCCAGAGUGGUGGUGAUGCCCAAAUGGUCUCUGAGUCUUCCUGAGGCAACGGCUCCCCUUCUGGUCACGUUGGGGUCCAGCCCACACCUGUGUAAUGUUGUUGUUGGCACAUGGAGGGUGCUUCUUGCUUUUGGCUUGGCAGCUGGAGCAGAUGCUGGCAUUUAUGAAUCAGGGCAGGGCAGGCAGCUGCGAUCCUCCUCUUCCCCAUCUUUUUCCUUGGCUCAUUCCCUUGGGCUGCUUUGCCUGGAGGCACACAAGCAGAAGAAGCAAGUUCAUUUAAUUCAUAACAUUUAUAUACACCUUGGUUGUAAGAAAAAAAAAGUGGUUUACAAGAAGAAUAAAAUAAAAUUAUUUUUUAAAAACCCUAUGUAAAACAUUUUUUAAAAAUUAACGUUAAACAUACAUCAAUUGUCUGCAUGUCUGGACAGGCUUGUCUAAAUUUUUUUUUAGCAGGUACCGAAAAGGGUACAGCAAUUCCACCUGCCUGAUGUCAACAGGCAAGGAGUUCCAAAGUGUGCAGGUGCUGCCAAACUAAAACAUUGCUUUCUUAUAAAUGCAGAACAGUAUUAUGUGGCACCUGUAAGAGUGACUGUGAUUAGGGCUGCUGCCCAGUUUAAAGAAAUCUUAAUAGAUUGAUCAUACAAUGCUUUUUAAACCAAUGAACUGAUUAGACCUGUGUGUCCAUAAAAUACUCACAGCUGUGAAGGAAAAGUGGCCUCCUUUCUUCCCUCUGUAAUGGUGUGCUGCAUGUGUCACAGCUGGCCCCAAUCCCUUCUGUGUUGGGAGGAGGAGGAGAGGAUGCCUGAUGCCCACAGAUGCAUAAAUAGCUAUAACAAUUAACAUUUAAAAAAAUGAAAACCGUGAAAUCUAUUGUCCAAUUAAAUCAGAGGCAUGUUUUAAUGGAUCUAAUCUCUUUUAGUAGUGAUAUAAUGUUGCUGUCAUACUUCUUGUUGGUUAUAAUCUGAGGCAGAUGAAAGGAAGGAGGCAACAGAGCUCAAAUGAAAAAUGUCCUUUAACAGAUCAGCAGCUGCAGCCACCUCUGCAGAGAUGGAGCCAUCCCUCUUGCUGUCCAAAGGAUGAUCUGGGGAAGACUUUGUCCUCUCCAGGUUCCUGUCGGGUCAGCCCCUCUCCCUUUUGGAUCUCGGGCUGGAGGGGACAAGGGCUGGGUUGGCUUUGCCCUGCAGCCAAGAAUUGGCCCAGCAGACCUCAGCCUGACUUUCCCCAGUGUCACUAUGGGGACAUUAUUGUUGUUAAUGCUUGAGUCCUUCCUUUCCACCAAAUGAUACUUGAGGCAUCUGAUAGCAACAUGGAAAACUGUCAAUCAGCUGACCUUUGAAAAACACGGUACUGUUUUUUCAUUUCUCCUAGAAAGCAAUAGAAUCUGCUUUGUGCCUUCAUUUUUAAAUUGAUUAGUUAAAAGCCCAGGCAGUUCACCUGCUAAAUACCUGAACAGGUUGGUUGAUGUAGGAUUUAGCAAAUGCCAGCAGACACAAAGCCUGUUUCUCUGUGCAGAGUGACCUUCCUGCUGUGAUCUGAAUCAAAAUGCUCCUCCUACCGUCCUUGAAUUCACAUUCCCCAUGUCCCCUGCAUAGAGUUUAGAGAGCAAGAUAUGGCUUUUGCGUCCUCCUGUGGUCCAAUUCUUGUUUGGUGGAGGAAGGAUCCAUUGCCCUGUCCCUCAAGAACAAUCUGCUCCAGGGAUGCUCUUUCUUCUUGUAUCAAAGCAUUUGGCAUCCUUUCCAAAACUCAUUUAGGCCUUGGUGCUCCAGUGGGACAUGUAGAGGUGAUUCAUGGAAAUUUCCCUUCAAUCAUUUUGGUGUGGUAAAAUUGUUUCAGAGUGACUCUGCUGCAGAUUUGGAGUCAGCAUGUCAUUGCAGGGCUCCUGCAAGCCAGUUAGAUGAGAGCUUGUAAUUGGAAGGCACAUCAGAGCCUUUGUGAAACCAGCCAGGGAUUAUUUUGAAAGUUUUGCUGUGAAUUGUAACUUAGCUGCCUCACAGCUCUUAAGUGCUUAGCCAGUUCUCCAUGAAGUUUAUGUGAGAUGGUGAGCACUUAAGGUUAGUUGUUUCUGGGAUAGCCAACAUGGCCGCCGGAGGUUGCUGGACUACAACCUCCCAACACGCACACCCAGUUUAGCCCAAUGGUCCUGGACAAUGGGAGUUGUAGUCCAACAUCAUCUGGGCAGCACAAGGUUGGCUACCCUGAGAAAGGGUUUGUAUCUUUCCCUUCAUCAAAGAUCCCACAGUGAUUUGCAAGAUUUCAAAAAUACAACAUAUAUUUUAUAACAAGACAGAAAAUGUGAACUGGAUUCUGGAAAAAGUACCGUAUUUUUUGCUCUAUAAGACUCACUUUUCCCCUCCUAAAUAGUAAGGGGAAAUGUGUGUGCGUCUUAUGGAGCGAAUGCAGGCUGUGCAGCUAUCCCAGAAGCCAGAGCAGCAAGAGGGAUUGCUGCUUUCACUGCGCAGCGAUCCCUCUUGCUGUUCUGGCUUCUGAGAUUCAGAAUAUUUUUUUUCUUGUUUUCCUCCUCCAAAAACUAGGUGCGUCUUGUGGUCUGGUGCGUCUUAUAGAGCGAAAAAUACGGUAUAUAGAUAGGUAAAAAGUAAAGGUAAAGGACCCCUGACAGAUCCAGUCGCGAACAACUCUGGGGUUGCGGCGCUCAUCUCGCUUUAUUGGCCGAGGGAGCCAGCGUACAGCUUCCGGGUCAUGUGGCCAGUAUGACUAAGCCGCUUCUGGCAAACCAGAGCAGCGCACGGAAACGCUGUUUACCUUCCCGCCGGAGCGGUACCUAUUUAUCUACUUGCAUUUUGACGUGCUUUUGAACUGCUAGGUUGGCAGGAGCAGGGACCGAGCAACGGGAGCUCACCCCGUCAUGGGGAUUCGAACCGCCAACCUUCUGAUCAGCAAGCCCUAGGCUCUGUGGUUUAACCCACAGCGCCACCCACAUCCCUUAUAUAGAUAAGUAGAGGGUUUUAAAAGAGGAUUGGACAAAUUCAUGGAGAAUAAGGCUAUCAAUGGCUUCUAGCCCUUGAACUCUAGCUUUUGAACUCUGAACAGCAUCCUCUGUACUCAGCCCAGCUCCUGCUUUACCUACACAUCCAGAGGAGGUAAAAGCUGUGGCUAAAAAUAACUGAGACUUGGCCAGCUCCAGAGAAUGCUUCUGAGGCUGCCUAGAGACAAGCAAAAGCCCAGGCAUCUCUGCUGUCCUACUAUGUAUGGAGGACCCAAGAAAGUUAAAGGCUGGGUGAGAGGAUCCUGUUUUCCUGCCUCAGCUCAUCCGGAUGACCCUGUCUCACUGGUGGGGGUGGGGGCUUUCCAGAGGACUCCCCUCCACUCCAAACAUCUUGGAUGGAACCAUUCUUCCCAGCAAUAGAGCUCUUGAUUCUUUUCCCUUUCAUCACAGGAAAAGGGACCCUGCAAACCCCAGAGGCAAGGUUUCUUUCUCCUCUGACCGCAGGGUUCCCAGUUCCCUUGAGGCACACAGUCCCUUGCAAAUGACCCCAAGUUAGUCAGCAAGGAAUAGGAGGUGCACAGCUUGAUGGCUGAGCACCUGCGCUGCAUGCAAGGGGUCCCUGGUUCAAUCUCCAGCACCUCUGGGGAGGGCUGGGAAAGUAUCACUGCCUGAGACUGCUGCCAUUCAAUGCUGACAGUACUAGCUAGAUGGGCUGGGUACAAGGCAGCUUCCCUUGUGCUCCCUGCAAAUUCAUGCAUUUUCCUUGGAGACUGAGGUGGUUAUCUUGAGAAAAGCCUCCUUAGGUGUCACCUUUGGUUGUGCCAGUGAGCCCAGUUUGUGGUUGCUGGUGCAGUUGACCUUUUCUCUCUUUUUAAUUGAAAGCCUUCCUGUGAUUGGGUGAAGAUCAUGCAAUUGGUUUAAUCGAUGUAGCCCUCCAAAUAUUGUGUGUCUGAUUUUUCCCAUCUAACUUUCCCUCUCUCUCUGCUCCUGGGGUAAGCUGCUUCAAACCUUAUCCUGAUGUUGUGCUAUUCUCUUUCUGCAUUUCUAGCCCCGCAGGAUCUGGUCGACACCCAGACGAGCACCCUCCCUUCCAUGUGGCAGCCAGGCACCCGCAAGUCCUCCUGCUCAUCCUGCUCUCAGAGCGGAUCCACGGAGAGUGGCCCCUCCAAUGGCUGCAACCAUGAAAGGCAAGGCGACAGAGGCUGGCUUGGGGCUGAGAUGGGGCUGCUCUCUGCCAGGGAGCCCAGGUGGCCUCACAGAGGCAAAAGGGCUGACUUGAGGGCUGGCGGGGUGAGGUCCGGAAGGACAAUUAAAGCACAUGACUCCCCCCAGAGAAUCCUGGGAGCUGUAGUUCAGGAACAUAGGGAGUCAGACCCAUCUAGGGCAGUACUGUCCACACCCAACUGGCAGAGGCUGUCUGGGCUCUGUAGCCCUGACUAGAGAGGCAGUUGGGGAUUGGCUCUUGGAGCUUCUUUGUGCAAGGCAGAUGCUCUGCCUGUGAGCUACGACCCUUCUCUCUCAAGGGCUACUAGCCAUGAGGGCUGUACUCUGUCUCCACGGCUGGAGGCCAUCCUGCUUCGGUAGAGCAGUUGCUGGAAACCUCAGGAGGUGAGGGAGCUCUUAAGCUCAAAUCCUGCUUCAGCGUUUCUCAGCAUCUGGGUGGCCACGGUGAGACCAGGCUGUUGGGCUAGAGGGGCCAUUGGCCUCAUGCAGCAGGAUCUCUUUGUGUUCUUAAUUCCCAGCACCCUUAACAAACUACAGCUCCCAUGAUUCUUUGGGGGGAGGCUCUCACUGUACGGUGUGGCUCAGCCCACAGCCAGGUGCAGUAGCACAUACAUUCUUCAUUAUUAUUAGCAUUUUGAGUUUUAUUGUGUUAUUAUCUUGUGUUAUUAUUAUGCUAUUUUGUAUAAUGCUUUUUAUAGACUGGGGGCUCUGGGCAUGAGUUUAUGGAACUAAGGGGGCAGGAGCCUGGAAAAGUUCAGGAACCCCUGUGUAGGAUGCUUUUAAAUUGCUUUUAAUCUUGUGAGUCACUAAGGAGGGAAAUGCUAUGCUUUGAAUGGCAGCUAAUGUGUUUUUGAAAAGUACAUCUUGAAAAAUGGGAUUAUUGCUUGUGGUGUAUCCAUUUGCAACAAUCCAUCCUCUGGUUCCUUAUAGGACUGUAGCUAUACCCCCCUUCCCUCUCUCUUCCCAGGGCUCCUCUGAAGCUGCUGUGUGAUAACAUGAAGUACCAGAUACUAUCUCGAGCGUUUUAUGGCUGUGAGUUUUCACUUCAUCCCAUUUUUAGUCACCACUUGGGAGGCCAGGGGAACAGCCUGCUUAACCCUUCCCCCACCAUUUCUUUGAAAUUUGCUCCCCCGCCCCCCCCCCCCGUCUGCUGAAUCUCCUGAUGAAAAAGCAUUUGGGGGCAGGAGAUGGAAUUACGAUUUUGGGUGUAGAAAUAACCAUGGGGGAGAAAGGGUUAAGCAGCCUUUUCUGUCUUCUGCUGCUUUUCAUUUUAAAAGGUGAUGACAAAGAAGUACUUUUAUAUCCCCUAUAGCACUAUGGCCUUGCAAUUAAGUGUGAUGUGGAGUUUGCCCCAGUAUUGUGAACUGAAGGGCAGAACUACCUUGGUUCUACCACUGUGACACCAAAACUGCAAGAAUAUUUAGUUUAUCCCAGACUUGUUUAUCCCCUGGCUCUUAAGUCAAAAAGACUUGCAGCUCAAUAAAGAUCAAGAUGAUCUUGGCCCUCAGGAUUAUGAUCUAUCAGACAUGGCAUUAAAGGAAAGAGAUGGGAAGGGAGAAGGAAAAAUCAAAGUCUGGCACCGGUUCUUAAAAGUGACAAAGUUCUUAAUAAGGAACAGCUGGGAUAGAAUUGGUGCAGGUAGCCUGUGGAAUGGCUGCCAGUUGGUGAUGGUUGAUGGAGGCAGCUGGCCUCUCAUCCCCCUGCCAGGGGACUAGCUCUGCUUCCCUUCUCUCCCUCUGCCAUCAGUCUAUAGCAGAUGUUUGGAACUACAACUCCAUCACCCCAGUGAGCAUGGUCAUUUGGACUACAGCGCAUUGAAUCGUAGAAUAGUCGAGGUGAAAGGGACCGCCGGGCUCAUCUAGUCCAACCCCUUGCAAUGCAGGAAUGUUUUGCUCAACAUGGGGCUUGAACUGCAGCCUUGACACAGUUGGGUUGACUGGGAUUUGCAGUUUAGAGCGCCUGGAGGGCACCCAGCUUGGGCAGGGUGGUUGAUACAACCAGUUCAGAUUUUCUUUCCUCUAAGUGACAGCAUGGGUCAGUGGACAUGGAAUCGCAGAACUGUAGAGUUGGAAGGGGACUGAAGGGGCUCCUUGGGUCCUGACAUGGUCCUACAGUCCCUCCUCCAAGUCGGGCGGGUGGUGGGGGUCCUUCUUGUGCCAGUAUUGCCCCUCCCUGGGGGAGCAAUUGGCAGUGGUCCUUUAGCCGCCUCCCCUCCCUGCCCUUCCCGCUGUUGAGGGCUGGUCUCUCUGGGAUUGCCCUCUGUGCAGCCUCUUUCUCUCUCUGCUUUCCAUGGCUUAGGGCUGGCCUACUGCCGGCACCUCUCCACGGUGAGAACCCACCUCUCGGCGCUGGUGAACCACGACAUUGUGUCACCCAGCGUGCCCUGCAGCGCCAGCCAGGGGCUGACCGCUGAGGUCUGGGAGAUGUUCCUGCAAGACAGCACGGUAAGGGGCACCAAUUCGCCCUGGCCACCCCUGGGGCACAGUCGGCUCUGGCCCGGCUUUUGAAGGCAGAUGGUUGAGGGCUGGCGGGGGGGGGGGAGGAAAAGUCAUUUUCUCUUUACUUGGCCUCAGUUUUCAGUGAACUUUCCCCACAGAGCUAUGAGGAGAAAGAGCUUUUGCGGCUAGUCUACUUCGGAGGGGUCCAGCACGAGAUCCGGAAAGCAGUCUGGCCUUUCCUGCUGGGACAUUACCGGUUUGGGAUGUCAGAAGCUGAGAGAAAGCAGGUGAGAAAAGUAAAAUUACUCAUCAGUAUGCCAUGAAGUCUGCAGUGCUUGUGUUACUGAAUCUGUAUUUAAAUGCUAAACAAGACGAACGAUUAGUGGAUAAACCACUAAUUGGAUUUCUCUUAGUGGCAGAGCACAUGUGGUUACAGUCACAUUCUGGAAGGGCUUAAAAGGUACAGAAUUGAACGCAUGGUACAAAAGAGGGUGAAUCAUUGCCUAAACGGCCUCGGCCCAGUAUACCUGAAGGAGCGUCUCCACCCCAUCAUUCAGUCCGGACACUGAGGUCCAGCUCCGAGGACCUUCUGGUGGUUCCCUAACUGCGAGAAGCCAAGUUACAGGGAACCAGGCAGAGGGCCUUCUCGGUGGUGGUGCCCGCCCUGUGGAACACCCUCCCAUCAGCUGUCAAGGAAAUUAACAACUAUCUGAUGUUUAGAAGACAUCUGAAGGCAGCCCUGUUUAGGGAAGUUUUUAAAUGACUGAUGUUUUAAUGUAUUUUUAAUCUCCCUUUGGAAGCUGCCCAGAGUGGCUGGGGAAACCCAGCCAGAUGAGCGGGAUAUAUAUUAUUAUUAUUAUUAUUAUUAUUAUUAUUAUUAUUGCCUUAUGGAAAAAUUGACCCACACAUGAAGAGGAAGAGGAGCACAAAGACACCUUUGCUGACCUCUUCCUGACCUCUUCCUGACAAGAGGAAGGGAGCACAAAGACACCUUUGCAGGAGAAUGGUGGAGCUUCAUUCCAUUCAAAAAUUCUCCAGAAAACCAAAGGUUUAUACUAACUAGUGGAUCACUUAAUAAGAAUGUGUUUUAUAAUAAUAAUAAUAAUAAUAAUAAUAAUAAUAAUAAAUUUUAUUUAUAUCCCGCCCUCCCCAGCCAAAGCCGGGCUCAGGGCGGCUAACAACAAUCAAAUAAUCAAACAAUCAAAUAAUCCAACAUUCUAAAACAUUUUGUCAGGGGUUCAGGGACAGAGGCACAGGGUAGGCAGGAGAUGGAGAGCGAUGGGGAUGAAUCCCAGGACAGCGAGGAAGAGGAUGACAAUGACUCAAGAGAUUCCAUGAGUCUUUCCAGCGAAUCAGAGGAUUCCCAGAAGGGGGCGCCGAUGGUCAAGGCCAGGGGAGCCCCAGGGGGGACGUGUCAGGAGCAGGGGGCCAGCGGGGGAUCCCAAAGUGGCAGCUGGGCGUCAGGACCAGUCUCCCCGCCAGAGUGCAGUGAAGGGGGUGGAGGUUCCAGUGUAUCAGGGGAAGCAGCUCCGGCAGCAGAGAAGGGAGGGAGGUCGGAGCAAGCCACCCUCCCGGAAGGGGAGGGGAGUAGUGAAGGGAGUAGUGUAACUGUCAAAAGGAAAGUUAGAGGUUGGGCGCGCGCGCCAAGUUCAAAUGUAGAGGCGCGCGGAAGUACAGGGAGUCCGGAAGAAGAGCCAGGUCCUAAAGCCCGCAGGAGGGGGGAAGAGCUGUCGGGGGAUAGCGCGUCAGGGGAAUCCAGGAGGGGCGAAACCCCAGCGGGCAGGAAGACCCUGAGGAAAAGGAAAGAGAGAAAGAGGUGGAGCAGCGCAAGGCUCUUAAACUGGUGCAGGGGAGGGACUGACUCAGAGGGGACUUCAACGGUCUAAGCGUACAGACGUGGGGCUGCGCGCCUCGGAUAUGAAGCAAACAAUGAACUGCAAUAAACACUUUUGUAUAUAAGAAGAGAUUGGCGUUGGUCUUUUGUGAGCUGAGACCUGAGGCAGCCUUGACACAUUUCAUUAUAAAAAUUAAUUAAAAUCAAAUUAAUGGCAAACGUUAAGCAAAGUUCUGUGCAGGUUGCCAGAGGAGGGAGUCAGGCUGGGCCCUGACCAAAGGCCUGGUGGAACAACUCUGUCUUGCAGGCCUUGUGGAAAGAUGUCAGGUCCCGCAGGGCCCUAGUCUCUUGUGACAGAGCGUUCCACCAGAUUGGAACCGCAGCCGAGAAAGCCCUGGCUCUAGUUGAGGCCAGCCUAACCUCUCUGAGGCCUGGGACCUUCAGGAUGUUUUUAUUUGCAGACCGUAGGUUCCUCUGUGGGGCAUACCAAGAGAGGCGGUCCCGUAGGUACGAGGGUCCUAGGCCGUAUAGGGCUUUAAAGGUUAAAACCAGCACCUUAAACCUGAUCCUGUACUCCACCGGGAGCCAGUGCAGCUGGUACAGCACCGGGUGAAUGUGAUCUCGCAGCGAAGACCCCAUAAGGAGUCUCGCCGCGGCAUUCUGCACCCGCUGGAGUUUCUGGGUCAGUCUCAAGGGCAGCCCCACGUAGAGCGAGUUACAAUAAUCCAGUCUGGAGGUGACCGUCGCGUGGAUCACAGUGGCUAGGUCAGGGCGAGAGAGGUAAGGAGCCAACUGCUUAGCUUGGCGGAGAUGAAAAAAUGUCGCCUUUGUUAUAGUUGUAAUCUGCGCCUCCAUAGAGAGGGAGGUAUCGAAGAUUACACCCAAACUCUUAACGGACGGUGCUGGCACUAAUUGCUCCCCCGCAAGAGAUGGGAGUUGCCCCCCCUAAAAUAGUAUGCCCUAAAAUAGUACCUCUUUGCUGCUAUUUUAGCAUUAUGUGGGGCUGAUUAAAACUUCCAUUUGCUCUCUUUGCAUAAGUCCUGCCUCAAAAAUUGACUUUGCCCAGUGGAAGAGGGCUCCAUUUUUCUGCCUCAUACUCAGGGCACUUUAGAGCUGGGGUUGGCACGUUCCUUACCAUUGCAAAGUGGCUGAGGGUGUGGUGGGUGCAUUUUUCUUUCCGCAAAGCAUUUCUCUGGUGCUCCUCAGCCUUGCUGCCUGCCCACACUUCCUGAUCUGAAAAUGCAGUGCAUGGUUAAACUAUGGAACUUGUUUCCCCAGGAGGCAGAGAGGUCUACAGACCUUUAAAAGAGGACUCAUGGAAGAGAGAGCUGUGGGCGGCUCUCAGUGGCUCUGCUCUGCCUCCACAGUCAGGGGCAGCAAAUCUUCUGAAUCCCAGUUGCCAGAAACCACAGGGGGGGAGAAGGCUGCUCUUCUGCUUGAGCCCUGCUUGUGGGCUUCUCACUGGGGCUUCUGAGUGGCCCCUGUGAGGCUGGACUAGGUGGUCCCUUUUGCCUGAUCAGCAGUCUGUUGUGUUCCCUCCUGAUCUCUUCCCCAUGGGCUUUCAUUGAAACUUGGGCACGCAGGAAGUCAGCAGAGCCCAGACCACUGGGUGGAUGAUUUUAGAUUGAGAGAAAGGACUUCCAGAACUACUCCUUAGCCACCUUAAAAAUAAGGCAGGCAGGACAAAAUCCUGCACCCCGCUCAUGAGAAGCUCACUGAAAAUUUCUUGAUAAUAUUCAAAUUAAUUGAUGGCAAAUGAUUUUGCGGGAUGGGGGGAUUGAGGAAGAGCCGUGGAUCAGUGGAUCAGAUUCAAGCUCUGUAGAAAGUGGUCAGGCCUGGCAUUGUUCUGUGCUGUGCAGUCUAAGGUAUCACACUGCUUAAGGCAGCGCUGCGAGUGGUUUAAGGUUCUGGAUUUAGGCUCCAAUCUCUCCGGAGGCACGGGUUCAAAUUCCCCUGCUGCCAAGUGUUCUUUUCCCUUGCUAUCCUUUUCAAACUAUCUGCACCACUUAUCCUCUCUUGUGUGAGAGGCAGUGUGCUUUAGUGGUUAGAGUGUCAGACAAGGACCUUGGGAGACCAGGAUUCAAAUCCCCACUCGACCAUGAAGCUCACGGAGCGGCUGCCUUCUUGCAACCUAACCUCCCUCACAGGGUAGCUGCGGGGAUUAAAUGAAGAGGGAGGGGAACCAUGUUUGUUGUUUUGUUUAUUACAUCUAUAUACCAUCUUUUUCUUCCAAGAAGCUCAAGGUACAUGGUUCUCCCCCUCCUCAUUUAAUCCCCACAACAACCCUGUGGGGUAGGUUAGGCUGAGAGGCAGUGACUGGCCCAAGGUCACCCAGGGAGCUUCAUGGCUGAGUGGGGAUUCGAAUCCUGGUCUCCCAGGUCCUAGUCUGAGACUCUGACCAUUAUGCCACUUUUGAGCUACUUGGAGGAAAAGGUGAGACAUAAAUCCAGCAAACAAAUAAAUGAAACUGGGUUCAGUUCUGCCCCAGGGUGCUGUGGGGGAUGCACGGGCCUCUCCCAGCUUCUCUCUUGGCUUCAGGUCGACAGCCAGACUCGCGCCUGCUAUGAGCAAACCAUGGCAGAGUGGCUGGGCUGCGAGGCGAUUGUCCGACAACGGGAGAAGGAGUCUCACGCGGCCGCCCUGGCCAAAUGCUCCUCAGGGGCCAGCCUGGACUCCCACAUGGAACACAUGAUGCACCGAGAUUCGACCAUCAGCAACGAUGUGAGUGGGUCCAUUGGAAUUGAGUCAGUUCCCAGAUGGCUUCAGAAUGCGUAAAAAUAAUUCAAAUCUCUCAAUUUCUCCCCUCCACUGCGCCCUUUCCUGCAGCACUCCCUGGAGCAUGUUUGCCAUAUCCGCCCCCUACAUUAAAGGCACUAGGAUACCACUUGGAACAGCCAUGGCCCCCCUCCAUAGAAUCCUGGGAGCUGUAGUUUGUUCAGGGUUAUGAGAGGAGAGUCUCCCUAGGCCCCCCCCACUGAUUGUUAAAGCACCUUGUGAGUGGAAGGGGGCGAGCAAUUUAAAAAGAGGGGGCACUGUUGGUUCUUGCCCCCCCCCCCAGCUGGCCUCCUCCCCUGAUUCCUGGCAUCAGCGCAUUCUGCCCCCACUGCAGACACCUUGACUUGUCCCCCUGGCCUGGUUCUCCCAUGCGCCUCCUCUCUUCCCACAGUCUUCCCAGAGCGGCAGUUCCGGCCCACAGAACCUGACACGGCUUCAGAGCGACUCCAGUGGCAGUACCCAGGUGAGGUGUCCAGCCUGUUGGAUCCUCGGGGGGGGACUCCAAAUUCUGAGCUGCUGUGCAAGCCUGAGAGACAGCACUGUGUAAUGGUUAGAGUGUUGGCUAAGGACCUGGGGCACCAAAGUUCAAAUCUCCACUCAGCCAUGCAGCUCACUGGGUGGCCUUGGCUGCCAGUCACUGCCUUCUCACAGCCUAGCCUACCUCACAGGGUUGUUGUGGGGAAUAACGGAGGAUGGGGGAGAAGCACGUACACCAAAUUGAGCUCCUUGGAGGAAAGGACAGGAUAAAAAUGUGAUUGUAUGUUUUUAAUAGAUUGUCUAGAUAGAUGGAUCGUUUUAAUUCUAUUAAUGCUACCUUGUUUUUUAAUCACUGUUCCCCCCCUUCAUGUUUUUAGUUGUUCUUAUUUUACCUGUAAGCUACCUGGAGUGCAGUUCAAUCCUCAGUGGUCUCCCCAGCUGAAGGGUCUCAGGAGCAGGCUGGGAAAGACCCCCAAGGCAGAGAUUCAGGAGAGGCCCUGGCGAAGCUGGGUGGGCCAGUGGUCAGAUCUGGCAGGUAGAUAAAGUUUGCUGUAGAUCAGCGGUCCCCAAACUUUUGGGGGCCACUGCCCCCUGGGCUCCAUCAUUCCAUCUCUAGAGAGAGCAUUGUUCAGAACUGCUUUUGGCCUGGCCCACUACAGUAAGAAAGAUAACAACACAACAACUAAUUGCACCUUUAUUCAGAAUCCAAUUUAAACUAUUUAGUUUAAUUAAUUCAAGAAAACUGAUUAACUUGAUCCAGUAAUACCAGCUUUUCAAAGUCUGAUAGUCAUUUAUACCUCCAGUGCCCCCUGCUUCCCCCUAGGUAACCCCACCCCUCGGGGUGCUACCACCCACUUGGGAACACAGCUUCAGAUCUUUGCAGAAUGCAGUCUCUUACUAAACAUUUAACUAUUUACUACUGUUACAUAAGCAUUUUUUAUUUUAUUUUUUUGCUAUAAUAAAUUAAUCUGUUUUAUGACUCACUGUAAAAUAUCUACCUAUCUUUAUAAACUCAUUUUGGUAUUUCUGUGGUGCCUUUCAGGGCUAGGCAGCCCACUCAAUUCACACACAAAUUUCACAGUAACGAUCAAAAUUUACAUAACAAAAAAUCAGCAGUGAAAUGAUAAAAUAGGGUAGAAAAAUAGUUGCAGCGUUUUAAAAUUGCACUUAAAAGCUUAGACCAGCCUUGAAUGAAUUGGAUAAAAGCAGGUUUGAAAAGAGAGAUCUUCAGAGCCAGUUCAGAAACCGUCAAAGGGGCCAAGUGCAGUUCCAAGGUGGGGGACCCACCACUGCAAAGGACCUGCCUCACUAGACUGGUGCACCUUCUUGAUGGGAACCUCUACAGCCAAUCUUAAGAGCCAGGCAGCUUUGUGUGGCUGCUGGCAAUCCGUGGAAUAACCUGGCUCCAAGCAGUUUGUGGCUUUCAAGAUGGCAGCCAGCACUUUGAAUUGGGCUGGCAACCAAUCUGGAAUCUGAAUUAUAUGCUGUGAUCACUUGGCCAGAAAAAGCAACAGAGCAUUUUGCACUCACUGAGGCUCCUCGGUGGACUCAGCUAUACAGCUGCAAAUAAAACAUUUUAAAUGUGUUGUAAAGUGCAAUAUACAAAUGUGACUCUAGAUGGCGAUAGUGAGCUAUGCAAAAUUCAAUGUAUUUUUCAAAACUUUUAACAAAGCUUUUUCACAGCAUUUUUUUAUACGUGUGUAGAUUCCACCAAUAUCUUGAAAGGCAGCUCCAUGCAGAGGCCAUUGCAGUAGUCAGACAAUCUGAUCCAUUCCUGUUCUCUUUUGGCCUCUCCUUCUUUGCCCAGGUGUUUGAGUCGGUCGAUGAGGUAGAACAGCCCGAGGCAGAUGCCAAACCUGAAGAUGGCAAACGGCCCAAACUCUCCAACGGGAUGAUCCCUGACGGCGCCUCUUCCCCCGACCCUUGCUAUCCCUCUUCCCAGAACUUUUUGGUCACCUCCCCAUGCUCAGAGCAGAUCUUCAGCACCAAGGACAGUAUGGUGGAGACCGCAAAAGCGGUGUGCCACUCUGCCCAGGCGAGCAUGGCUGUCGGCCAGGGACCUCUCGGUGUGGACAAUGCCCUUGUGGGUGGCACACAAACAGGGGAAGGUUUGCAGGGCCAGGACAGUCUGGAGGAGCUCCCCACCACCAGCAGCUUAGAGGAGUUUAUCCUCAUGGGCAAGGAGCACCCCGAUAAAGAGGGGGCAUCUCUGUCUAUAGUGGAUGGGACAGGCAGCUGGCCAGACCACAGUGUGGGGCAGCAAAGCUCCAUGGGGAGUGAAGAUGACCUCUCAGAAGAGCCAGAGAUGGAGAGCCUGUACCCGCAGUUGGAUUCACACUCCCUGGCUGUCACUGACUUGACUAUUAGCGAAGUCUCGCCUGUCUCCUCGUCGGGGGUCACCUAUUCUGUGAGUGUGUCAGGGUCCCUGGUUCCUCCUGAUCUUUGGGAACGGUAUUUUGUUUUGCUUUAAAACCCAAAAGGAGCAAACAUUUUAGGCAGGGUGAAAUUUUUGCUGUGAUCACACUAGAGCAUUUACCGUAUUUUUCGCUCUAUAGGACGCACUUUUUCCCCUCCAAAAAUGAAGGGGAAAUGUGUGUGCGUCCUAUGGAGCGAAUGCAGGCUUUCCCGGGCUUUCUGCAGCUCCGCGCCACCCUCCGGAUCCCGGUGCGAAGCCGCGCGGGGCUCCGGAGGGUAGCGCGGAGCUGCUUGAGCUCCAGGGCUUCUUGCAGCUCCGCGCCACCCUCCAGACCCCCGCGCGGCGCGGAGCUGCCUGCGCUCCAGGGCUUCCUGCAGCUCCGCGCCACCCUCCCGGUCCUGGCGCGACGCCGCGCGGGGCUCCGGUGGGGGCCGCGGAGCUGCCUGCGCUCCAGGGCUUCCUGCAGCUCCGCGCCACCCUCCCGAUCCCGGCGUGAAGCCGCGCGGGGCUCCGGAGGGUGGCGCGGAGCUGCCUGCAUUCCGAAGCCUGGUGCGCACUGAAGAGCGCGCCCGGGCUUCGCACACCUCUCCACAAGCCUGGGGAGACCGGCUCGGUUCCCUAGGCUUGCGGAUAGCAGGCUGUUCUGGGGGCUGGGGUCGGGGGAAGCUCGGGCUUCCCCCGCGCCUGCCCCGUGCCUGGGGAGGGAAUUUUUUUUUCUUUAUUUCCCCCCCCCCCCAAAAAAAAUAGGUACCUUGAACGCACCUUGUUUUAGAGGGAGAGAACAGGAAAAAAAUUUUUUUCCCCUGUUCUCCCCCUCCUAUGAUCCGGUGCGUCCUAUGGUCCGGUGCGUCCAAUGGUGCGAAAAAUACGGUAUCUAUUCACUUACUAACAGCUACUAACUACUACAGUGGUACCUCUGGUUAUGUACUUAAUUCGUUCCGGAGGUCCGUUCUUAACCUGAAACUGUUCUUAACCCGAAGCACCACUUUAGCUAAUGGGGCCUCCUGCUGCUGCCACACCACUGGAGCACGAUUUCUGUUCUCAUCCUGAAGCAAAGUUCUUAACCCGAGGUAAUAUUUCUGGGUUAGCGGAGUCUGUAACCUGAAGCGUAUGUAACCUGAAGCGUAUGUAACCCAAGGUACCACUGUACAGCUAAUUUACUUGCUAGCUACUACUAAUGUACUACAGCCUUGCCUUUCUGGCAGUGUUCUCAAGACAGUUUAGUUUUUUUAAUGAUGGCCCACAGUUCUUGUUGGUGUUAACAUUUCUAUACUGCCCUUCUUCUGAGGAUCACAGGAUGGUUUACAAUAUUAAAAAAACCCAGUUUGUUUUGGGUUCCACACACCAAGCAGGCCACACGCUGGAUUUGAUUUUUGCUGUGGGUAUAGAUGUGAUCAUGUCCUCACUUGUGGAAGUGCCAUGGUCUGAAAGCCAGGAUUGACUCCCUCCUCCCUCCCGAGUGGCAAGCCUAUUUGGGCUCACCCGUGAAGGCUGAUGGAUCCUGAUGGAUUUCGUCAAGCCUUGCGGGACCCUGCUUCCCCUGGCGGCUCACUAGAUGAGCUUGUCGAGAACUGGAAUAACCGGCUCUUGGCAGCCACCAAUGAGAUCACACCUAAGCGCUCUCUGCGACCCCGCCGAAACCGGGCCCCCUGGUUUACCGAGGAGCUCCGGCUAGAGCGAGUAUGGCGGGGUGCCCGUGACGGAGCCUCAAGAACACCUUAUAGGACGUUUAUGAAAGCCUAUGAGAUGGCAGUGAAAAUGUAAAGAAGUUUUACUUCUCAGCUUCCAUUGCUUCCGCUAGCUCUCGCCCAGCGCAACUUUUUAGAAUAAUUAGGUCUUUAACAACCCUAGAGGAACAGCCAAAUUUAAAUACGAAUUUGACCCAUAGCUGUGAGGCAUUUGUGAGCUUUUUUUACGGAGAAAGUCUUGCUGCUCUGCCGUGACCUCCCUGCCAGUUUGGAUACAGUAACAGAACUGGAGGACCCUCGACUCUCCUUGGGUCCAGUAUUGGACCACUUCGAUCGGAUACUCCCUGCCAAUGUAGACAGAUUCCUCCGAGCUGGAAGGCCCACCACUUGCCCCCUUGACCCGUGCCCGUCUUGGCUGAUUAGAGCAUGUGCAGACGAGGUGUGGGCCCCCCUGGGUGAGAUCAUCAAUCAGUCCCUUGGCACGGGGACUUUACCAGGGGAGUUGAAGGAAGCAGUGUUGCAUCUGCUCUUAAAGAAAACAUCCUUAGAUCCUUUAGAUCUAUCCAAUUACCACCUGGUUUCGAAUCUUCCAUACCCGGGUAAGGUAACUGAGAGAGCGAUUGCCAAACAGCUUGGUAGGUUUCUGGAGGAAACAUCAGCUUUGGAUCCAUUCCAGUCCGGCUUUCGAGGGAGCUACCGUGGCACUCCUUGAUGUGUGGCGUGCCACAGGGUGCAAUCCUUUCCCCGAUACUUUUCAAUAUCUUUAUGUGCCCCCUUGCCCAGAUUGUCUGGUGCUUUGGGCUGGGUUGUCAUCAAUAUGCUCAUGACACCCAGCUUUAUCUGUUGAUGGACGGCCGCCCUGACUCGGCCCCAGACACACUGACCAGAUGCUUGGAAGCUGUGGCUGGAUGGCUGCGUGGAAGCUGGUUGAAGUUAAAUCCUUCCAAGACAGAGGUCCUCUGUCUGGGUCAGGAUGACAUGGGGUUGGGGCGCCAACUCCCAUCUUUUGCGGGGGCUCAAUUAGUGCCAGCGCCUUCUGUCAAGAGCUUGGGUGUAACGUUCGAUGUCUCCCUUUCCAUGGAGGCGCAGGUUGCAGCCACAGCAAAGGUGGCAUUUUUCCACCUUCGCCGUAUUAAGCAGUUGGUCCCUUACCUUUCUUGCCCUGAUCUGGCCACAGUGAUCCAUGCGAUGGUCACCUCCAGGGUUGAUUAUUGUAACUCGCUCUAUGCGGGGCUGCCCUUGAAGCUGACCCAGAAACUCCAGCGGGUGCAGAAUGCCGCGGCGAGGCUCCUUACAGGGUCCUUGCCGUGGGAUCACAUUCAUCCAGUGCUUUACCAACUGCACUGGCUCCCGGUGGAGUAUAGGGUCAGGUUUAAAGUGCUGGUUUUGACCUUUAAAGCCCUAUGUGGCCUAGGACCCACAUACCUACGGGACCGCCUCUCCUGGUAUGCCCCGUGGAGGACCUAAAGGUCCACAAAUGACAACACUUUGGAGGUCGCAAGGUGGUUAGAUUGGUCUCAACUAGGGCCAGGGCCUUUUCAGUACUGGCCCCGACUUGGUGGAACGCUCUGUCACAAGAGACUAGGGCCCUGCGGGACUUGACAUCUUUCCGCGGGGCCUGCAAGACAGAGCUGUUCUGCCUGGCCUUUGGUUUGGACUUAGUCUGACCCUUAUGUUUCCCUCCCCUUAUGGUUUUGAUCUAUGGGCUACUAUUAAAAUGAGGCUGCAUUUCAAAUUGUAUUUUAACCUGUAUUUUAAAUUGGUUGGUUUUUUCCUUCCCCGACGUUUUUAUUGUGAUUUUACUGGUGUUACCUGCCCUGAACCCAUCUCUGGCUGGGGAGGGCGAGGUAUAUAUAAAAAAUUAUUAUUAUUAAAAAAUAUCAUAGUAACAAAGUCAAUACCCCCCAGUUUUAAGGCCAGAGAUUAUGGGAUAGAUUGAGAGGAAGUAAUCAUAUUUUAGUCCCAUUGACAUCAGUGGGGUGUUAAAAUUGAUUUACCAAUGCCAGGAUAUCUGUGUUAUCAACAGCUCAGUUUUGAGUUUGUGUGAAUAGUUUUGUAAAUAACAAAACUAUCACCACAUGUACUUUUCUACAUUUCAUUCCUUUAUUGCCCCAUUUGAGGCAGGACUGGCCCACCUGUGAGGCAAGGUGAGGCAACUGCCUCGGGCAGCAGGAUCCGCCUGUCAUUUUGCUGUGAUCCCUGCACUGCAGGGCGUUGCACCAGAUGGCCCUCUGGGUCCCUUCUAACUCUGCAAUUCUAUGACUUUUAAAACCAGCUGUUAAGUUUGUGGCGUGGACAGGCCCUUGCAUGUACCUUAGCAGAAGUUGUGCUGAAAGUUAACUGGGAUGUGUUUCCUUGCCCUUUCUGCUUCUGCAGCCAGAGCUGCUGGACAUGUACACUGUGAACCUGCACCGCAUUGAGAAGGAUGUCCAGAGGUGCGACCGGAACUACUGGUAUUUCUCACCAGCCAACCUGGAGAAGCUGCGCAACAUCAUGUGCAGGUAGCUGCCCAGUGGGAUGGGGGCGGGAACUGGCUGUGUCGUUCCUUGCAGGCGACUCUGUCACUCUUUGGGCCAGGAACCGUGGGAGCAGAGGGUGCUUGGCGCAAGGAGCAGCCCAUGUACUGACCACAGAGGGCCCUUUGCAGGCUGAGCGAAGGCUGGAACCCUGGCCCUUCCCGUAAAAAUAAAGUGAGAUUCCAGUCCUCAUAAUUCAGAAUAAAGGAUCUCCCUUAUACCACGUCAGGCCAUUGGCACACCCAGCUCAGUACUGGUUAUAGGAAGCUGGUUAUCCCACAGACCCAAUGAAGCCUCAGCUUAUUAAACAGAGGAUUUGUCACUGAUUGAUUUAUUAAGCUAGCAUUUUUAGAGGGGAACCAACCACCCUCAAAGGCUAUUUGGGGCUUUGAGAUUAUGCAUUUCUGCAUUGCAGCAGCCCCCCCCCCCCAAUCUUAGAAGAAGCAUUCUGCAUUCCCUGUCUUGCUGGUGCUUCUUCUAAGACAGCACAUGCCAUCUUAAAAAAAAAAAAAAGAAUGGGUGGUUUAAUCAAUGACACCAUUUUCGUUGAUCAAAUUGCUUUUGUUUGUUUAAAAUUAUUUAUUGAUUAAUUGGUUUAAUCAGCUGUGGGUUCAUUACCUAUGGGUUAAUUAGCAGUGAUCCCUGCAUUGCAAGCGCUUGGACCAGAUGACCCUUGGGUCUCUUCCAGCUCUAUGAUUGUAUGGUCAAAUGUUGCAAUCCUCCUAUCGGAAAGCAAAAUGAACUGGCAGCUGAAAUAUAGGUCUGCAGACAUACAUGGUUUAUGGGAGGGACACAGGUUUGGGAUGUUUCCACACAGAUUCUGCUCCUUUUUUCUGCUGGGUCUGCUGCUGACCUCUUGAAAUCAGGGCCUUGGCAGCUGCUUUGCAGGACCUCUGUCACCUCACCCAGCCUCCUGUCUCUCUGCAGCUACGUCUGGCACCACAUUGACAUUGGCUAUGUCCAGGGGAUGUGUGACUUGCUGGCUCCUUUGCUUGUGAUUCUGGAUGAUGGUGAGUUCUCUCUAUUUGCCACUAUGCCAGCCUUAACAGUCUGGGGAAUUCUGGCUCUGAUGGAUCCCCUCGCUGGACUAUUCAUUUAUUGGUUCAUUUAUAACAUUUUUGCCCUGACUCUGUGGUGCAAAAGCACCAUUCAUGAUAGUUUACAGACAGAAUGGACUACCUGGGGAGGUGAUGGGCUCUCCUUUGUCGGAGGUUUUUAAACACAGAUUGGAUGGCCUCUGUCAGGGACUCUUUAGCUAUGAUUCCUGCAUUCCUUGGGGUCACUUCUGACUCUACAGUUCUGUGAUUCUAUGAAAUUACAAUUUCAUAAAAAGACCCAAUGGAAUAAGUCCACCAACCAAGGAAACAGGAUCAGCAAAUGUAAAAACAUGAUCACCCAUGCCCAAUGAGAGCCUGCUUGAAUGAAAUGGCUCUGAGCAACUGAUGUGGGCUUCUCAUAGGCAUCUGCUUGUUCACUGUGAGAACAGAAUGGUGGACUGGAUGGGCCUGUUGGUCUGAUCCAACUCUUCAUGUGCAGGAGGGGGCCAAGUGCACUUCCCAAGGCAAGGUGCUCUGUAGGUACAGCCGCUGUGAAAAGACUCCCCCACUCUCUCAUCCCACUCAGAUGUGCUUCCAUUGUGGGUGGGAGAUUGUAGAAUUUGGCCUCACCCUCUUGCACCUCUCCAAAUCCAGAUGAGACAGGCUUGCCCACUCAUGUUUCACAGCUUGAAGCAGGGACAUGUCUGGUGUUUAAAAAAACAAAUUCAGAGCCAGCUGCAUGGCACAUGGGAGGUAGCUGGAACAUCAGGAUUCAGAAAGCUCCGAUGUGUGCUGAUCCCCAAAGAUCCACGUGACUGUCAGACCAAUGUGAACAGACUAAUUGGUGUGGCUUCCAGGCCAUGGCUGGAAUGUGGGGCUGCAGUUGGAGGAGGAGUAUCCUGCACAGGAGAAGAAGUAUCACUUUUGUGAUUUUCCCCAAGCCAGAAUGUGUAAAACUGUCACCUGGACAUGCAUGCCUUUGGCAGCCAACACACAGAGAGCUCCUGGUUGUGUCCUUGGGUGGCCUGGGUCCUCUUCCUUCUGGGCAAAAGCAGGUGAGAUCCAGGUCUACAGGGCACUGAUUCCCCCGUUCUCUCUCUCUCACCCCCCCGCCCCGCCCUUGUUCAGAGGCCAUUGCCUUCAGUUGUUUCACAGAGCUUAUGAAGCGGAUGAACCAGAACUUCCCCCAUGGAGGCGCCAUGGACACCCACUUUGCCAACAUGAGAUCCCUCAUCCAGGUAAAGAACAGGAACUCUUCCAUAUGGUUAGAAAAGCAUUGUUUAAUGUCUGGAUAAGAUAUAAGGAUUUGUUAGAAAAGAAAACCCCAAGAUGGUUGUCACCAAUGGAAGCGAAGGCACAGAAAAAACUCAAUAUGGAGGCUAAAUGGCCAAAAUAUUAGGAAACUCUGGAACAAGAUGGAGACAGAUUAAAAUUGCAGAGCUUUGAAAAAUUGAAAAACAGAGUGCGAGAUUGGCUCCAUUAUUAUCAAAUAAUGGAGGCAUACAAUCUGGACAAAAAAGUUGGUUUCCAGGUGGAAAAAUCAAAAUUGGAAAUCCAAAAAUCAAGAAUUUGUCAAGAAUGUAUAACUUGCUGUUGAAAUGGAACACUCAGGAUGAAAUGGUGAAAUCAGUUAUGAUUAAAUGGGCACAAGAUGUUGGACAUAACAUAAUGAUGGCUGACUGGGAACAGUUAUGGACCACAGGUAUGAAAUUUACGACAUGUAAUGUCCUAAGAGAAAAUUUAAUGAAAAUGAUUUAUAGGUGGUACAUGACACCAGUCAAGCUUGCAAAAAUUUAUCAUUUGCCCAACAAUAAAUGUUGGAAAUGUAAUGAGACUGAAGGUACAUUCUUUCACCUUUGGUGGACAUGCCCAAAGAUUAAGACAUUCUGGGAGAUGAUCUAUAAUGAAAUGAAAAAGGUAUUUAAAUAUACCUUUCUGAAGAAACCAGAGGCCUUUCUCCUGGGCAUGGUUGGCCAAUUGGUGUCAAAGAAGGAUAGAAUUUUUUUUAUGUAUGCAACAACAGCAGCAAGAAUACUCAUCGCGAAGUAUUGGAAGACACAAGAUUUACCCACCCGGGAAGAAUGGCAGAUGAAGUUGAUGGACUAUAUGGAAUUGGCGGAAAUGACUGGCAGAAUCCGAGACGAGGGAGAAGAGUUGGUGGAAGAAGACUGGAAAAAGUUUAAAGACUAUUUACAGAAAUACUGUAAAAUUCAUGAAUGUUAGGAAAAUGUUGGAAUGAAGUUAUAUGGCUUUAGUAGAAAUGUUAUAAGGAAUUAAGUAUAAAUAGAUUAAUAGAGUAUUAAAGGGAAAAAUAAGGUUAGAAUGUGUUAAGAUAAUUAAAGGAUAGAAAGCAGAGAAAGAUGGAAAGGAAUUGCUGAAACAAUUAACAGAAGUGGAAUACAAAAAGGGAGGUGUGAGGAGGUCAUUGAAAUAAGUGAAUGAAAGAUAAGAUAUUGAAACUGUUUGAUGUGUUUUAGACUGUUUUUGUUUUGUUUUGUUAGUUUAAUGUGUUAGUGUUAUAUAUUGUUUUUGUAUUGUAUUGUUUAUUUUUUUUGUAGUGUUUAAGUUGUUGGAAAAGUAAUAAUUUUUUUUUUAAAAAAAAAGAACAGGAACUCUUCCAGUUCACCCUUUCCAUGGAGUGUUCACCAUGAUCUGCUUGUCAGAGGCUUAUGCAGAGGUUAGAUCAGUGGUUCCCAAAUUAGGAGGCAACCUCCCACCCAUCUGGCCUAGGGAAUCCCCCACUAACAGACCCUCCAUCUUAUCUGGAUUGAGCUUCAGUUUGUUGACUCUCAUCCAGUCCAUGACUGAGGCAAGACACUGGUCCAGCACUUCCACUGCCUCACCUGCAGAUGUAAUGGAGAAGUAGAGUUGUGUGUCGUCAGCAUACUCCAUAACGCCGGAAAACCCAACUCAGUAGUUUCACCUUCCCGUUAGUCAUUCAUUUACCCCACAUUUUCCAGUGCAUUUCCACACAGCUUUCUAAACCAGAAAAUUCCAUAACAUGAAAUUGUUGGGCCAGGCUGACAGCUCAUUUUCUGACUUCUACAGUGUCUCACGACCGUCUUUGGAUAGACACUUCUUCACAGUCUCUCCAUUGCUUUCUGUUGUUUGCUUCCUGCAUCCACAUGAUCCCUACUGUUAGUUUUAGAUUGUCCCUCCACCGCACAGGUGGUCUUCUGAAAUUGUAUGGCCUCUGUGUUUGCUUUAUUCCAUUUUCCUGAGCCAUCUCUUGCCACAUGUCCAGUGCAUGUGCAUUUUAACUGCAACAUUUCCUCCCAUAUCCAUAAAUUUGGAUCUUUGCUGUAUCCUAUUUUUAGUUUUUCUGGCUUUUAAAAAUAUUCCUAACUUUGCACAUUCCAUGGCAUGUUGUUGUUGUUGUUGUUUAGUCGUUUAGUCGUGUCCGACUCUUCGUGACCCCAUGAACCAAAGAACACCAGGCACUUCUGUCUUCCACUGCCUCCCGCAGUUUGGUCAAACUCAUGCUGGUAGCUUCGAGAACACCAUCCAACCAUCUCGUCCUCUGUCGUCCCCUUCUCCUUGUGCCCUCCAUCUUUCCCAACAUCAGGGUCUUUUCCAGGGAGUCUUCUCUUCUCAUCAGGUGGCCAAAGUACUGGAGCCUCAGCUUCACGAUCUGUCCUUCCAGUGAGCACUCAGGGCUGAUUUCCUUCAGAAUGGAUAGGUUUGAUCUUCUUGCAGUCCAUGGGACUCUCAAGAGUCUCCUCCAGCACCAUAAUUCAAAAGCAUCAAUUCUUCAGCGAUCAGCCUUCUUUAUGGUCCAGCUUUCACUUCCAUACAUCACUACUGGGAAAACCAUAGCUUUUACUAUACGGACCUUUGUACUUUUUAAGAUGCUGUCUAGGUUUGUCAUUGCUUUUCUCCCAAGAAGCAGGCGUCUUUUAAUUUCGUGGCUGCUGUCACCAUCUGCAGUGAUCAUGGAGCCCAAGAAAGUAAAAUCUCUCACUACCUCCAUUUCUUCCCCUUCUAUUUGCCAGGAGGUGAUGGGACCAGUGGCCAUGAUCUUCGUUUUUUUGAUGUUGAGCUUCAGACCAUAUUUUGCGCUCUGCUCUUUCACCCUCAAUAAAAGGUUCUUUAAUUCCUCCUCACUUUCUGCCAUCAAGGUUGUGUCAUCUGCAUAUCUGAGGUUGUUGAUAUUUCUUCCAGCAAUCUUAAUUCCGGCUAGGGAUUCAUCCAGCUCAGCCUUUCGCAUGAUGAAUUCUGCAUGUAAGUUAAAUAAGCAGGGAGACAAUAUACAGCCUUGUCGUACUCCUUUCCCAAUUUUGAACCAAUCAGUUGUUCCAUAUCCAGUUCUAACUGUAGCUUCUUGUCCUACAUAGAGAUUUCUCAGGAGACAGAUGAGGUGAUCAGGCACUCCCAUUUCUUUAAGAACUUCCCAUAGUUUGCUGUGGUCGACACAGUCAAAGGCUUUUGCAUAGUCAAUGAAGCAGAAGUAGAUGUCUUUCUGGAACUCUCUAGCUUUCUCCAUAAUCCAGCGCAUGUUUGCAAUUUGGUCUCUGGUUCCUCUGCCUCUUCUAAAUCCAGCUUGCACUUCUGGGAGUUCUUGGUCCACAUACUGCUUGAGCCUGCCUUGUAGAAUUUUAAGCAUAACCUUGCUAGCGUGUGAAAUGAGUGCAAUUGUGCGGUAGUUGGAGCAUUCUUUGGCACUGCCCUUCUUUGGGAUUGGGAUGUAGACUGAUCUUCUCCAAUCCUCUGGCCACUGCUGAGUUUUCCAAACUUGCUGGCAUAUUGAGUGUAACACCUUAACAGCAUCAUCUUUUAAAAUUUUAAAUAGUUCAGCUGGAAUACCAUCACUUCCAUGGCCUUGUUAUUUGCAGUGCUUUCUAAGGCCCAUUUGACUUCACUCUCCAGGAUGUCUGGCUCAAGGUCAGCAACCACACUACCUAGGGUGUAUGAGCCAUCCAUAUCUUUCUGGUAUAAUUCUGGUGAUGUCCAUGUGUAGAGUCGUCUCUUGUGUUGUUAGAAAAGCGUGUUUGUGAUGACCAGCUUGUUCUCUUGACAGAACUCUAUUAGUCUUUGCCCUGCUUCGUUCUGAUCUCCAAGGCCAAACUUGCCAGUUGUUCCUUUUAUCUCUUGAUUCCCUACUUUAGCAUUCCAAUCCCCUAUAAUGAGAAGAACAUCCUUCUUUGGUGUCACUUCUAUAAGGUUUUGUAAGUCUUCAUAGAUGUAAUGAGUAUGGGUUGCUCGUGCGUAAGUUGCCGCCUCUCCUGGCUUUGUUGCCUUGCUAAACCUUUCAGUCUGGGCAGCCCUUCAUUUCAUGGCUGCCUCAGUCGCUAGCAGAAUCCGUCAGUGGGCGUUUCUUAAAUCUUUUCCAACAUAAAAGUUGUUUGACACCCAGUCUCCUCCUACUCUCUCUGCACGGAAGUCUUCUGCGCAGGGAGGGCGUGGGUAGCGGAGGACCCGUGCUCUCUCCGCUGGUGUCCAGUGAAGAGUCCUGGAGCCCUCUCGCCGAUUCCCCCAUCAGCCCCCUUUAUCCCUGGUGUUGCGCUGAUUUGCUUCCCCAUCUGCGGAGCUGCCUCUCUCCCUGCUGGGCCCUUCUCCAGCAUCAUUUGAGAGCCUUCCCUCCGCCUCUAGCUCCGAUGUCAGUACCCUGACAUCCACCUCCCCCCCAGGACCCCCUCCAACCCCGGCCCGACCUGUUGACCCAACUUCGUCCCUUUCUUCGGCCGACGAUGCGGGGAACCCCCGGAAGGAGCUGUCGCCAUCCUCUAAGGAUUCAAAACCCACUUCCCACCCACUCUGAUCCCUUCCCGCGGGGUGGGCCUCCCAGUCUGAUUCUUCUUCCUCCGAAGCCUCUUCUCCCUCCCCUUCGGAGACAGAAAAGCCCACAAAAUCCUCUUCAUCGUCUGUGGUUCCAAAUUGCUCCUCCCAGAAUCUCGCUAGUGGUUUGGAUUUGUCCGGGAACAAGCGGUGGAAUUCCUCCACCAGAUACCCGUCAGUGAUUGCCUCCGCGGGAACCCACGUGUUUUCUGACCCGGGUUCUCCCUCCCAAGCCACCAAGUACUCCACCUGGCGCCCUCGCCACCUUGAAUCAAGUAUUUCCGUGGCCAAGUUGUGGUGCUCCCUCUCUUCUACCUGCGGGUGUGUGGUGACUUCUCCCUCUCGCCCCGGGAAUCCUCGUCCUUCCCUGUACAGUGAGAGUAGGGACCUAUGGAACACCGGGUGUAUCUUCAUGCUGUCUGGCAAUUAUAGCUUGAAUGCCACGGGGUUCACCUGCUGUGUUACCUCAAACGGUCCCAGCCGCCUGGGUUGCAACUUCUUGCACUCCCCCUUAAACGGUAACCCUUGGGUUGACAACCACACCCGAUCUCCCACCCGUAUGGUCUCCCCUUCCCUACGGCGCUUGUCUGCCUGCCUCUUGUAAAUUUCCUUGGCCCGCUCCAAGUUCAUCUUAAGUUGCUGGUGCAGGGCUUCCAUUUCUUCCACAAACUGCUCUGCCGCCGGUACGCUCCAACCUUCCUCCCCACUCCCCGGGAAGGCCCUGGGGUGACACCCAUAAUUGGCCAUGAACGGGCUCAUUCCCGUUGACACAUGUUCAGCGUUAUUGUACGCAAAUUCAGCCAGCGCUAGUUUCUCUACCCAAUUGUUCUGCCUCUCGCUGACGUAGCAGCGUAGGUAUUGCUGGAGAAUACUGUUCACUCUUUCUGCUUGCCCGUUGGUUUCCGGGUGUCUCGCCGUUGAGAAGCCCACUUCGACCUGUAGCAAGCUCAUGAGCUUCCUCCAGAAACGGGAAGUAAAUUGUUUCCUGCGGUCGGAGAUGACCCUUGAAGGAGCCCCAUGCAACCUGAAGAUGUGAUCUACAAACAACCUGGCUGUUUCCUCUGCCGUGACCGCAUGUGAGCAAGCUAUAAAAUGGCACAUUUUUGUUAGUAGAUCGACCACUACCAUGACCGCUGUCUUCCCCCGGGACCUGGGCAAAUCGGUCAUAAAAUCAAUGGACACCACCUGCCAAGGUUUCCCCGGCGUGGGUAAGGGUUCCAGUAAUCCUGCGGGGGCAGCCCGCUCCCCUUUUGCCCUUUGGCAGCGGUCGCAACCCCAUACAUAUUCCCGUACAUCCUCCCUCACCCUGGGCCACCAGAACUGCCUGGUGACGAGCAUCAUGGUUUUGUGCUGUCCAAAGUGCCCAGCUGUGGGGUUGUCGUGGAGUUGUUUGAGUACCUUCCCCCGUAGGGUCUCCCCCGGUACAUACAGCGCCCCCUUAUAGUACAAUACCCCUUCCUUCUCCUUAAACCCUCCUUGGGUUUCUCUUCCAUCUCGGAGUUCCCGGAUUUUAGUUUGUGCGAACACGUCAUUUCUAGUAAGUCCAGCUAGUUCUCGUUGCCCCACCAAGGUUCCUCCACACACCCAUCGGUCCUCGGGGAUCACGUCUCGUAUCUCCGGUGGCCCCUCUCCUUCCAAGUACUCCGGUUUCCGGGAGAGAGCAUUUGCUCUCACGUUUUCCUCUCCUGGCACGUAUCGGAUUUCGAAGGAAAACUUGGAGAACUCCUGUGCCCAUCGAAUCUGUCUCUGGUUGAGCACUCGUGCGGUCCUCCAGUAUUCCAAGUUCUUGUGAUCUGUACAAACCUGGAUCUUGUGCUGUGCCCCUAUUAGUAGAUGUCGCCAUUGACGAAACGCUGCAUAGAUCGCAAGCAGUUCGCGGUCAUACACCGUAUAGUUUUGCUCCGACUUGUUCAGCUUUCUCGAGAAAAAGGCACACGGUCUCCAUUCCUGAUUGCUCCUCCCUGGCUGCAAAAGAACCGCCCCAAUGGCUCUGUCGGACGCGUCGGUCUCUAGCCUCAUGGGUUUCUCCAGAUCCACGUGCAGGAGCUGCUCUUCCGAUGCGAACGCCUUCUUCAGUUUUUCAAAGGAUUGUUGGGCCUCCUCUGUCCAGGCGAACUUCCUUUUGCUACUGAGACAAUCUGUGAUGGGUGCUGUCAAGUGGGCGAAGUUCUUGAUGAACUUCCUGUAGAAGUUGCUGAACCCUAGGAACCUCUGCACGUCCUUCCGGGUUUUGGGAGCCUUCCACUCCAGCACUGCCUGCACCUUGCUUGGGUCCAUCGCUAAGCCUUUGUCUGACAACUUGUACCCCAGAACUCGACUUCUCUGGCGUGAAACUGACAUUUUUCCAGCUUGACCCACAACUGGUGCUUCUGCAGUCUCUUUAGCACUUCCCUGACGUCUCUGACAUGUUGCUUCUCAUUGUCCGAAUAGAUUAAGAUGUCGUCCAAGAAGGCUACGCAGUUCUUGUACAGCAGGGACCCCAACACGUGGUGCAUGAAAGCUUGAAAACAGGCGGAGCCUGACUGUAAUCCAAAUGGCAUAACUAAGAACUCAAAGGCCCCCAGGGGCGUGAAGAUUGUGGUCUUCCAUUCGUCCCCCUCCCUCAUCCUAAUCAAAUUGUAGGCUCCCCUGAGGUCCAGCUUGGUAAAAAUCUUUCCCUGCCUCACCCGUCUUAAAAUGUCAUCAAUCCUGGGCAUUGGGAAGGUCACGGGUUCUGAUACCAAAUUUAACGCCCUAAAAUCUACGACCAAUCUGGGCUGGUCAGUCCCUUUUUUGUCCACGAAGAACACCGGACUUCCCCCCACUGCCUUUGAUUCCCUUAUGAACCCCCUCUUCAGGUUCUUGUCAAUAAACUCCCGCAACUCCUUCAUCUCCCUGUCCAACAUGGCAUACAGUUUACCCACCGGUAGCUGCACCCCCGGGAGCAAGUUGAUUUGGCAGUCAAAGGGCCUAUGUGGGGGUAGUCUAUCUGCCUCCUUCUCGCUGAAGACCUCCUUCAGGUCAGCAUAUUGUGGUGGCACCUCCCCUUUCAGCUCCAAAGCUAUCCCAGCCACCCUGGCCACGGUCAUUCUUGGGGUUUCUACCCCUAGACAGUGUUCCAAGCAGUAAGCGGAUCCAAAGGUGACCGUUCUCUGAUGCCAUGCCACCACUGGAUCUUGUUGUGCUAGCCAGCUCAUCCCUAAUAUUAUUGGGGGCCCUGCCAGUGAGGCUACUUGAAAGGCGAUGGUCUCCGUGUGUCUGGAAACCCUCAUUCUCAUUGGUGGGGUCUGGUGCGUCACUUCCCCUCCCAGAAGCUCCCUGCCAUCAAUGGUGGUUACUUGCAAGGGGAAAUCCAAGGGCAGCAGGUGGAGCUGGUGCUCUAGUGCAAAUUCCUUGCUGAAGAAAUUGCAGGAACUGCCUGAAUCCAACAGCCCUUUCACCUUGACUGGGUGCCCAUUUGGGAGUUCUAGCACCACUUCUAUGGCUAUAGCCGCCCUGGGGGGGUCUGGUCUGGGCACUUCUAUUGGUUGCUGGCCUGGCUGCUGUGCCCGCUGAGUGGCAGCCAAGCUUUGGCGUUUCCCUGCUCCUUUACCAUCUCCUCCUCACCCUCUGCAGCCCCCACCAUCCCUUGCCAGGCCUUUCUUUGCGGGCAGACCCUGGCAAAAUGUCCUGGCCGCUGGCAGAGAAAACACUUCUUGGUGGUUUUCCCAUCCUUUCCCUCCCUCUUGCGACCUUCACUGGAGUUUGAAAUCUCCCGCACGCGCCCCCCCAUCUAUUUCCAUGGGCUCCGCUGGCGGGGAAGGCUGCCUUGGUAUUUCAGGAAUGCGGUAGUCAUGGUAACGUUGCUCUCUCCCUUCCCGCUUCUCCUGGGCCCGCGCUUCCUGCCUUACACCAAUCGCAAGCACAGCCUUGGUCAGCUGAUCCAUCGACUGCGGGCGGGGUGCGCGGGAAAGCUCGUCCUUCACCGUUGGGGACAACCCCUCCUCGAACAGCAUUUGAAUGGGUUCAGAGUCCAAAUCCCACCCGAGCUGGUGGACUAACAUGGCAAAGCGUGACCAGUAGUCUCUAACUGACUGGUUCCCCUGUUUGCAGCCCAUCAGUUCCCGCCGAGUCAUACUUUGCUGUACAUCACUGGAAUACAUCGCAUCCAUCGCCUGGAAGAAUUUCCUCAGGUCUUUCAAGGCGGCAUUCUGCGUUGCCAUUAGGGGCCUGAUCCUUUCUCUGGCCCCAUCCUGCAGAUGUCCGACAAUAUAGGCAACCCUCUCCCCAUCGUCUGCAAAAUCAUUCUGUUGCAGUUCCAAAGCGUACUCUAUUUCCGUUCGGAACGCACUGUAGUCCUGGGGUUUCCCUCCAAACUUGUGUACCAGUCCCGGUACCUUCCUUGCUACGGGGGUGGGUCUGACCUGAGCAUCCUGAGACCGCCUUUCGUCCAGCCGCGCCGUCAGCAGAGCCACAUGCUGUUCCAAAUCUCGGUUCCUCUCCACCAGAUUUUGCCCUUCAGCUGCUCCCUCCGUGGCGCCAACUUCUCCGGUUUUGCUCAUGAUGCUGCCUGCCUGUCGCUACACACGAGCGACGUCAGGGAUUGACGGAUUGCUGUAAUGAGUAUGGGUUGCUCGUGCGUAAGUUGCCGCCUCUCCUGGCUUUGUUGCCUUGCUAAACCUUUCAGUCUGGGCAGCCCUUCAUUUCGUGGCUGCCUCAGUCGCUAGCAGAAUCCAUCAGUGGGCGUUUCUUAAAUCUUUUCCAACAUAAAAGUUGUUUGACACCCAGUCUCCUCCUACUCUCUCUGCACGGAAGUCUUCUGCGCAGGGAGGGCGUGGGUAGCGGAGGACCCGUGCUCUCUCCGCUGGUGUCCAGUGAAGAGUCCUGGAGCCCUCUCGCCGAUUCCCCCAUCAGCCCCCCUUUAUCCCUGGUGUUGCGCUGAUUUGCUUCCCCAUCUGCGGAGCUGCCUCUCUCCCUGCUGGGCCCUUCUCCAGCAUCAUUUGAGAGCCUUCCCUCCGCCUCUAGCUCCGAUGUCAGUUCCCUGACAAUAGAAUUGGUCAAUUUCAGUUUCUUCAGCACCAGUAGUUGGUGCAUAAACUUGGAUUACUGUGAUGUUAAAAGGUCUGCCUUGGAUUCGUAUCAAGAUCAUUCUAUCAUUUUUGAGAUUGCAUCCCAGUACAGCUUUCGCCACUCUUUUGUUGACUAUGAGGGCCACUCCAUUUCUUUUACGGGUUUCUUGCCCACAGUAGUAGAUAUGAUAGUCAUCCGAACUGAAUUCGCCCAUUCCCGUCCAUUUUAGUUCACUGAUGCCCAGGAUAUCAAUAUUUAUUCUUGCCAUCUCAUUUUUGACUACAUCCAACUUACCCAGGUUCAUGGUUCUUACAUUCCAGGUUCCUAUGCAAUAUUUUUCUUUAUAGCAUUGGACUUUCCUUUCGCUUCCAGGCAUAUCCACAACUGAGCGUCCUUUCGGCUUUGGCCCAGCCGCUUUAUCAGCUCUGGAUCUACUUGUACUUGUCCUCCGCUCUUCCCCAGUAGCAUGUUGGACACCUUCCGACCUGAGGGGCUCAUCUUCCAGCGUCAUAACUUUUAUAUGCCUGUUGUCUUUGUCCAUGGAGUUUUCUUGGCAGGGAUACUGGAGUGGCUUGCCGGUUCCUCCUCCAUAGAAUCAUAGAAUCAUAGAGUUGGAAGAGACCAACCCCCUGCCAAGCAGGAAACACCAUCAGAGCACUCCUGACAUAUGGUUGUCAAGCCUCUGCUUAAAGACCUCCAAAGAAGGAGACUCCACCACACUCCUUGGCAGCAAAUUCCACUGUCGAACAGCUCUUACUGUCAGGAAGUUCUUCCUAAUGUUUAGGUGGAAUCUUCUUGUAGUUUGGAUCCAUUGCUCCGUGUCCGCUUCUCUGGAGCAGCAGAAAACAACCUUUCUCCCUCCUCUAUGUGACAUCCUUUUAUAUAUUUGAACAUGGCUAUCAUAUCACCCCUUAACCUCCUCUUCUCCAGGCUAAACAUGCCCAGCUCCCUUAGCCGUUCCUCAUAAGGCAUCGUUUCCAGGCCUUUGACCAUUUUGGUUGCCCUCCUCUGGACACGUUCCAGUUUGUCAGUGUCCUUCUUGAACUGUGGUGCCCAGAACUGGACACAGUACUCCAGGUGAGGUCUGACCAGAGCAGAAUACAGUGGCACUAUUACUUCCCUUGAUCUAGAUGCUAUACUCCUAUUGAUGCAGCCCAGAAUUGCAUUGGCUUUUUUAGUUGCCUCGUCACACUGUUGGCUCAUGUCAAGUUUGUGGUCAAGCAAGACUCCUAGAUCCUUUUCACAUGUACUGCUCUCAAGCCAGGUGUCCCCCAUCUUGUAUUUGUACCUCUCAUUUUUUUUUGCCCAAGUGCAAUACUUUACAUUUCUCCCUGUUAAAAUUCAUCUUGUUUGUUUUGGCCCAGUUCUCUAAUCUGUCAAGGUCGUUUUGAAGUGUGAUCCUGUCCUCUGGGGUGUUAGCCACCCCUCCCAGUUUGGUGUCAUCUGCAAAUUUGAUCAGGAUGCCCUUGAGUCCAUCAUCCAAGUUGUUGAUAAAGAUGUUGAAUAAGACCGGGCCCAAGACAGAACCCUGUGGCACCCCACUAGUCACUCUUCUCCAGGAUGAAGAGGAAGGUGGAUCACGUUUGGUCAAAACUCUCCACUAUGACCUGUUCAUCUUGGGUGCCCUGCUCGGCAUAGUUCAUAGCUUCUCUGAGUUAUUCAAGCCCCUUCGCCACGGCAAGGCAGUGAUCCAUGAAGGGGUCCAUGGCAUGUUGAACACUUUCAAAUCCAAGGAAAUAUUUUCAUUUUUCACUAUGAAGCUCUUCUUAGUCUACUUUAAUUAUGCAAACCUCAAUUUGCACUGGAAUCCCACCCUUGGUUACCGUUUGGGGUGAUAAGCUCCUUGGUUUUUGCCUUGGGGCCUUGAGGAGGGGUGCCAUUCCCUCUACAUACACACCCCUGGAAAGAACCCAGUGCCUUUAAUCAGUAGAAAUUCAGUUGCUGAAAGCUCCUCUCAGAGACACAUUCUGCCUGCUGUUAGGCACAAUACCUGUGCAAGGAAAAGAAAGGGUGGCAGUGUUGCUUAGGUUCUCUGCUUGAUACUUCCAUGUCCUGUGAAGCUCUUUGAAAAGAGGUCAAGGGAGUAUCGAGCACCUUGCUGCAUGUAGGAUGUGGGGGUUUUGUGGUGGGGGAGGGACAAAUGUGGUUUUCUUGCAGAAACAAGAUCCUGAAGCUUUUGCUUUUCUGGUAGAUUUUAGACUCUGAGCUGUUUGAGCUGAUGCAUCAAAAUGGCGAUUACACGCAUUUUUACUUCUGCUACCGCUGGUUUCUCCUGGAUUUUAAGCGAGGUGCGUUGGGGGUAUGGGGUCUGCAUCUGCAUUUUGACUUAAACACAUCUUUUAACACUAGCUGGAGCAGCAUGAGUUGCCCUGAUAGUAUCCUGAGGACAGGAGUUGGGAGAAGGUAAAAUAUAAUUGCCCUUCUUUGUUCCUCCCCCCAAUUUUUUUCCUGGUGUCCUCUUUGAUGUUUGCUGCACAACGCUGUUUGCUGCAGAGAAUUCUGGGAUGGGGGUCACUUCUGUAUUUUAGGGUUGCCAUAUUUUAAAGAGCAAAAAAGAGGACACAUUUGCUGACUUCUACUUUUAACUAUGGAUCAUUAUGAUGACUCUCAUUUUACGUACCCAUGAAAAAGAGGACGUGUCCUGGAAAAAGAGGGCAUAUGACAACCCUAGCUUUGGUCGCUUCAGAUGGCUUCAAUGACUGUUCUUUUUUUGUUCCUGUUUUCUAACAGAGCUAGUUUACAAUGAUGUCUUCUCUGUCUGGGAAACGAUCUGGGCAGCAGCACAGAUCUCCUCGUCUCAUUAUGUCCUCUUCAUUGCUCUUGCCUUGGUGGAGGUUUAUCGGGACAUCAUCCUGGAGAACAACAUGGACUUCACGGAUAUCAUCAAGUUCUUCAACGGUACAGAUUGUAAUGGGCUGGGGCUGAAGUUGAGGACACUUUUCUGUCCCAAAUGACUGCACUGCAAAAUCUGUGCCCCUCAGGAAUAGGCACCAAGGCAGCCUCCAGGAGUCCUGAGCCAGGGACUUUGAGGUUGAGCUGCCUUCUGACCUCUGUGCAGGCAGAGAGAAAUGUUGGCUUGUUCUCUGCUGCACUGCAGUACCACCACCAAAGCAGCCCAAAAGGUACUCUUUAGGGAUCCGUUGGUGCCUGGAGGGACUCACCAGAUUCCAUCAAGCUGUAGACUUUGGCCUUAGUCUGAGCAAUCUUUCACAUACAUGCAGACUGAGCUACAGUAGUACCUCGGGUUAAGUACUUAAUUCGUUCCAGAGGUCCGUACUUAACCUGAAACUGUUCUUAACCUGAAGCACCACUUUAGCUAAUAGGUCCUCCUGCUGCUGCCGCGCCGCCAGAGCCCAAUUUCUGUUCUCAUCCUGAAGCAAAGUUCUUAACCUGAAGCACUAUUUCUGGGUUAGCGGAGUCUGUAACCUGAAGCUAUGUAACCCGAGGUACCACUGUAUUUGACUUCUUGCUGAGCUCUUUUUUUGCACCAUCUUCUUGCUUUCCUGCCCAACUGAUAUGCGUGUGUGUUGUGAAUGUCCUCUGUAUCUUGCACAUGACAUACAGAUCCUUUUUUUUAACUAGAGAUGCUGGGGAUGGGACUUGCGGUGUGCUGAGCAUGGCCUCUCCCACAUAGUUGUGGUCCCUUCCCAAAGGUGUCCCUGCAGGAUGCCUGAGUGUGGGGAUAGAGGGAAGGGCAGAGACCUCACCUUGUUUUCUUUGAACCUACCCUCUCUUCUUCCUCCGUUUUGCUUUGACGCUUCCUUCCUUCCAUUCCAGAAAUGGCAGAGCGGCACAACACUCAACAGGUCCUGAAGCUGGCGCGGGACCUUGUCUACAAAGUCCAGACACUCAUUGAGAACAAGUGAUUUGAGAGAACAUCUGCCCUGGAGGAGGAAGGGAGACUGAAGCAACCCUUGUGUACAUUUGGAGGCUGGACUAGCGCAUAAGGCAGAGAGCUAGAGAGGGAGCAUGCCUCUCCCCAUGAACUUGAGCCAGUCCCUGGAGAGGCAGUCUCCCAGCCAGUCAUUCCACGGUUUGCAUGGGCUGGGUGUUUUCAGCCACUGCCUGCUGGCUCUUCUGUUACCGUGAUGACAAUUAACCAAAGAACUCACAAGCUCUGCCUCCUUUCUCAUUCAGGUAGGAUGGAGCUUGACUGGCACAAACCUUGCCUUGAGGACAGAGGUCAGUCGUUAGGUGGGUGGAAAGGGUGUGGCUGUUUAUUGGGAUGUCUGGUUUUAUUACCUUCUGUUCCUGUUUGGAAAGGUCAAGGUGACAGCCUUGAAAAGGGGUGGCUGGGAUCUGUCGUUGAUUUCCCUCCCUCCCUUCAGAUCUUCCUUCAGAGAUAAUAUUUUAAACAGCCAGCAUUUUUCCUUCCCCUGUCACCUCCAAAAUGUGCAGGUCGGGAUCUAACUCUUGGCCCUUUAAUCAAAAGGUGAGGCUUUGCCGAGGUCAUCCUUUUAUGGGGAAGCUUUCUCACCUUCUGAAGGGUGCCAGUUGAGGCCAUCUCUGCCACUGAGGUUUGUCUGUUCUCUUCCUGAUUUUCCUGAAAUUUUCUGCAGUGCCCCAGAUCGCUGUCACCAUAUUUCAUUAGGAAACCGUAUAGCAGACUGAGGCCAGGCUGGCCUCUUCCAUCCUGCUCUGUGGGGAUGCUUGCCAUUCUUUGCCCUUGACCAGGGCCUGACAAAAAAAAAUGUUCUCCAACCCAGCACAUUUUUUGCUGGACUGAGGACUUAAGCAUCCUGCUUUUCUAUCAUGAGGUUGCAAAGCCAUCAUGUAUGUCCAGGGCCUUGAUGGCAUCUCGUUGAAAUUUUUCUUUCACUUCUCUCUUUCUGCCCUAGAUGGCUCCUUGUGUUUCAAAGCAGAAAGCACCCGAUGGUUGCUCUGGUCCAGCCUCAGGAGUUUCCUCUCUUCAACACUGAACCUUGGAGGUUGGGCUCGGCCUAUUAACACACACACACACACACACACACACACACACACACACACUCUUUGCGCCUCUCCUUCACAUUGUCCUUCUGAAUGAUGUGAUAGUACAGGAUACAGGAUACUUCUUGGAGAAAAUCUAUAAACACUUACUAGAGGAGGUAAGCCAUCCUUCCCCAACCUAGUGCCCUCCAGAUGGUGUUGAGCUCCAACUUCCAAUAUCCCCCGUCUGCCUGGCCAAUGGUCAAGGAUGAUGGGAGUUGUAGUCCAACACCACUUGGUGAGCCCCAUGUUGGGAAAGGCUGAUGGAAACGGCAGCCCAUGGAGCUGACCCUGUGACUCCUCUGAAGUUCUGCCUCUGUGUUGUCUCUGGUCAGCACCAGAUUAACCAGUCUUCUUAGCACUCUAGUGUGAAGUAACAUUGAGGACAAAUAUUUGAAUUGGUCUCUGUUAAAAAUUCAGGUGUUCUUUUUAAAAGAGAAGGAGAAAGAAACAGAGUGAAAUUAAAUGGGUUUCCUGAUUUUAAAAAAUCUCCUGAAAAGGUUGCCAUCAUGGCUAAGUGAGUGCCUAUAUUUUGUUUGGUUGUUGUUGUCAUGAAAAGGCCUUCCUCGUAGCCAGUAAAUGCUCAGCCAUAGUUGCUUCUCCCUCUCACUCCAGAGGACUAGUCUCUUAAACAGUACUGCAAAAUCCAUCCCACCCACCCUGCUGGGUCUCUGUGCUGGCUGCUCGUACUUCCAUUCUAAGCCCUUCCUAUUCUUCUUUCAGGAGAGAGUGGUCAAAGAGCACCGCUUCCAAAGUGAGUAACCCUUAAUGACCUCCAUCCUUAAAUUGGGAGCGGGGGUUCAGUCCUUGGCAGCUGCACUUCAAAGCAGGGAGCUCUGUCUCAACAAUACAGUCAAACUGGUUUAACUGUCCCGGCUUCCCUAUGCAAAGCCCUGGGGAUUUGAGUUUGGAGAGGGAGCUGCUGACCUCGCCCAAGCCCAUUAAUUUUGCCCUUCCCAUUUGGCGCCCAAGCUGUAAGUCCCAGGCUUCCAUCACUGGCUGUGCAAGGAGGCCAUUCCAGGUGGACCAGUAGUGCAAACUGGAUUCCUUGCCCCAAACAAGUUCAGCUUGGACUUCCCAUGGCCUUUGGUGGCUGGUUGGACUUCCACAAAGUGGUAGGGCACUCUAUUUUUCUGGCAAGUGUUAAAGAAUCAGGCACCGCCCUCCAAAGCAGACAUAGGCACAUCCCAGGCUCAGCCAGAUACUAAAGCACAAGAGAAUCGUGCCCCUGGGCAGUGGUGCCAAGUGGGCUUUUGCCCUUUUGUCCCCAUAAGGAAGGGGAACAGUUACAAAACAAGUUACUUCCUCCUGUUCUGGAGCUGAUCUGCCUUACUACUUCUACCCCCAGAGCUUUUUCUGGGAUAUGGCAGGGCAAUGUGGUAUUUUAAGGAUAAAGUUUGGGACUGAAGGAUCCAUGCAGUCCAUGGGGUGGGUGGGUGUACGUACAUGUUGCUUGUGCUGGGCUUUUUGACUGUGGAUGCUAGUGUUUCCACCCUCCUUUCUUAAAAGCACAAACUUGAUCUAGUGACCUGUUUCUGAAAGAUAAACCUUUCCACUUUGGAAAACUCCAAACGAGAGAAUUAAGCAGGCUGACUAGCCCUUUUCUGACAGGGCAGCGUCCUUGCCAAGCAAGUUGUGAGGAGCCAGCUGCCCUGGAGAUGGCAGCGAGAAAUGGUAUGAUGCAGUGGAAAGAGCAUGGGACCUUGACUUGCUUUGAAUUUUCGCUCACCCUUGAAGCUGUUGGUUGGUCACUUCCUGCCCAUCCAGCCUACUUCACAGAGUGACCGUGAGGACAACGUGGUCCAUCUUCUCCCUUUUAUUGGAGGAAGGGUGAGAUGCAGUGCGUAGGCUGCAUCUGCAGGGGAUUUUUGAUGUUGUCUUUGUUUUUGACCCUAUGAGAAGCUGUAUCUAAAUUUUGAGAAGUAGUUUCUAGUAUAUAACUUUGCAAUUGUUAGCACAAGGGGUUUUCCACUCCCAUAUCACACUCUUGUUUUCAGAGCAAUGCUACAUCACCAUGAACUCAUUGCACUCACCCCUUGGGGUGACCUUUUAGUUUUUCUGAAAUCCCUUUAAAAAAAUGGUUUUGUUUUAAAAGCUAGCUGAGUAAUCAAGCCAAGCACUUUCUGCCUAUGCUAUCAGAGAGAGCAUAUUUUGGACAUUUGAUAGCAGUCUUGCUUUGUGUGUGUAUGUGUGUGUGUGUGUGUGUGUGCACGCGCGCGCAUGUGUUUUAAGGAGAGCACUUUUAAAUGCAAAGAAAAUGUUAUUUAUUUACAGGUCUUUAUUGAUUCUCUCUGUGCGUCCUGAACUCUGUGUGCGUGAAGCAUUAUGCAAACGAAUACAUUCUUUUCUCAGUGUCGCCAAACAUAUCUUUUAAAUGUUGAUCAGGAAAUUGUUUGUGUAUGUGUCUAUAUCUAUAUAUUAUAUAGAUACAAAUAUUAUAUGUACAGUAUAGAAAAUGUAUAUGUGAGUUAGGCAGGGCACUAAGAAAUAAUUGCUUUUAAGAAAAGCGUUUUGCUGCUCCUCAGAUGCCAAAAUUCUUUGAGUGUAUUGGGAGUAGUAGUGGAGGUUUGUUGCUGUUCUGUUGCACGUCAGAGGAUAAAGACAGAUAAUAGUUUGCAAGAAAAAGUGGCUUCAUUUCCUAUGGGGUAUAAAGUGAUAUGUCUCUCUCAUCCCAUCACCUUGCCAAAGAGACUUGGCAGGUUUCUGAAUCCCUAUGAAAACCUUCCAGAUUUUGUUGACCAGAGGUGAGUGUGCAUGCCACAAGCAUUGAUUCCCUUUUUCAUAUUACCUAAAAAAAGAAAAGAAGCCUAAUUUUGAAAUUACAACACUUGGGGCUAGUGUGCAUGUCAAAAGAUUCAUGCCCAGAAUGCCAUGUCUGUCAAUGAGAAACUGGCGUGGAUCUGGAUUGAUUUGGUGGGUCAGAGACUGGAUGUGCUCUAACUUGUGCAUGAACCUGCCCUUUGAGUAGAAAUGCUAUCAUGGGCAGCCUUUGGAAUCUCUGGCUGGAGGACUUUUACAUCCUUGAAAAAGACGGCCCAUGUUAUCUAUACACAUUACGACAUCAGGUGAAGCCUUGGGCAGGGGAGAAUAAAACCAGCUGUUACUCUUUGCAAUCCUCUAAAAGAAUGUUAAGCUAACACAGCAGGGGGGGCUGUGGGGGGGGACACACCCCAGAAGCUGCUGGACCUCCAACUGCCGUCACCCCUGACAUCUGCUGGUCAUCCCUGAUGUGAGAUGGGAGUCCACAACUUAUCUAUAACACCCCCCCCCACACACACACAUUAUUCUCUUUCAGCUGCAGCGGAAUUAAUUUGACAGCCCACAUUUAAACACUUGACUCUAGUUUUCUGGUCAUUCUUAAGAUGAAGAGAUUUCUGUUAUUUCAACGGUGGCCAAACACAGUAUCAGGCAGUCAUUCCACUAGAACUUUUUGUUUCUUAUUACAGUCAUGGUUGAGAAUGUGAACCUGUUAGAAUAGUUUGCAUAGUUCCUAUAUGCCCCUCCUUUUCAACUGGGACUUAAGUAGCAGCUGGAAAUUUUGGUGAUAAUUGCCACAGAUACGUUUUUUUAAAGGUUUCAAUUGCUGCUAUUUUGGUGUUUGAAAAAGCACACACUCCUUCCAUUGCAACACCGUUUCUGCUUUUUCCUACGUUGGAGCCAAGCUGACUUCGAUACCUGUUCUGUCGUGUGUAGUAAAUACCCUUGCCAUUGAACACCAAGUGUUCUUGUGUUCUCCUCUGACUAGUGUACAGUGCUGGAAGAAGCAAGUUUUGCAACAGGCUGACUGUGGAAUAUUCAAGUGGCAUAUUUAGAAAUAACUGUUCCAGCCAGCUCUUUUUUAGUGUGUGUGUGUGUGUUUGUUUUCCAAUGUCAGCUCUAUCUAAAGACCUUAAAGCAAACAUAGGGAACCUGUGGCUCUCCAGACAUUGCUGGACUCCCAUCUCUCAUCUGCUGCAGUCAGCAGGGCCAAUGAUAUGGGAUGAUGACAGGAGUUGUAGUCCAGCAACAUCUGGAAGGCUGCAGGUGUCCCAUCCGUGCCUUAAGGGAAUGCAAAGUUCAAAGCAGAAAAAUGUAUUGCUGUGCUUUCAUUUAGGGGUGCCUCUGUUCUGCUGCAUGUCUGGAUUCUGGCCCCAAUCCAAAGUUGUUGACACCCUCUGAUGUGCACACACACACCAAGGUUGCAGGUUCGAUCCCUGUACAGGAUAGCUGCAUAUUCCUGCAUUGCAGGGGGUUGGAUUAGAUGACUCUCAGGGUCCCUUCCAACUCUACAAUUCUAUGAUCUCCUCCUGCAUAUGGUGGGGUGGUGAUGGAGAAAUCCCCAUUCAUUUCAGCAGGACGGGCUAUCAUACACAAGGAAGUAUGCCAGAACAAAGAUGAGAAGCACUUGUGAAUUGGAGCUGUGAGAUUUGUGUGCAUCUAAAUCAGCCUUCGCCAGCCUGGUACACUCCGAGUGUUAUAGACCAGUGUUUUGCAACCUUGAGCCCUGAGACAAAAACUCCCAUCAUCCCCAGCCAACUUAACCCAAGGCCAAGAAUGAUGGGAGAUGUAGUCCAGCAACAUCUGAGGCCUCAGGGUUGAAGGGCACUUUUUUUUUAAGACUACAGUUCUUAUCAGACCAAGCCCAUGUGGCCUUCCUUCCAUCAGCCCCAUCAUCAUGCAGCUGCACUGGGAGUAGGGGCUGAUGGAAGCUGGAGCCCCACAACAUCUGGAGGGUCCCAGGUUGGUCUACAGCAGGGGUCAGAAAACUUUUUCAGCAGGGGGCUGGUCCACUGUCCCUCAGACCUUGUGGGGGACUGGACUAUAUUUUGAAGAGAGAAAAAAUGAACGAAUUCCUAUGCCCACAAAUAACCCAGAGAUGCAUUUUAAAUAAAAGCACACAUUCUACUCAUGUAAAAACAUGCUGAUUCCUGGACUGUCCACGGGCCGGAUUUAAAAGGCGAUUGGGCUGGAUCUGGCCCCUGGGCCUUAGUUUGCCUACCCAUGGUCUACAGCUUCUCCGUGUGAAUUAGCAAUUGUUGGCUUGUGGGCAACUGUGCCCUAAUCAUCAGAGCUUCGUUUUUGUUUUAACCAGGGUGGGGUGCAUAGCUGUCAACUUUCAGAUUUGAAAAUAAGGGAUCAGCAGGCUCACCUGUCCCGGAGACAGUCUAUGGGAUAUCUAACAGUCUGGGAUAGCAGCGGGAAACGGCACUGAAAUAAGGGAAUUUCCUGCCAAAAAAAGGGAAGGUUGACAGCUGUGGUGGGGUGGGGCUGGGGGCUCCAUCUUGGCCAAAAGAGACACACCCAAAGCUGGAAGCUUAGUGGGAGUUCUGGUUGGAAAGGUGGUGUCGCACUCUCUCUCUCUGUGUGUGUGUCUGUGUCAAGCAACCCAGGAAGGUUCUUCAGGUACCUUUUUUGGAGCAAGAAAACAUGAGCUCUGAAUGUAUCUGUUGAGUGAUUGCUGCCUGACACAACUUGCUACUGCUGCUGCUGCUUUGUGUGUGUAUCUCAGCGGGCUCCUUUGGGCUACUCUGGUAUCACUCCUUAUGAGAUGCCCUGCUGUUGCUUUCAUAGUUAAUGUUUGACAAUAAAAGUGCUGCUUUUUGCCUGUUUGCAUUCCGCUCUGUGGCAUAAUCUUGGUUAUUUUUAAAAAAUUCUGCUUUGAUAUUUUGUUAACCGAUGUUAAUUGUAACUUAUUUCUGUGGGGCCAGAAAGACAAAAGAAAGUUAUAUAUUCUCUAUGGUUCUAUGUAUUUUCAAAUCAAUAAUUAAACAAACAAACAAAAUAUGGCUGUUAUAUGUAACAGUUCUGGUGUUGGGAUUGGGACAGAUUCUGAGUUAUGUCUCUCUAGCCUGGUUUGCAUAUAACACUGGGCCCUGCUUGUUACGGUUUAUUAAUCACAAACAAAUGACACCCAUAAGCCACAGUUUUUGACUUAUAAACCCUGCCUUGUUUUAAGCAUGGCUUCUUGUAUUAUCAUUAGAGGGUGAAUAAGAGCUAUUCCAUGCUGUCAUAAGAGAGUGGAGUGAAUGAGAUGGGACUGCUUAUAAUGCAAACAGCUUCUGCAGUCUCUACGUCAGCCCAUUUGAAAUGGAAGUUAGUUCCCCAUUCAGCAGGCACUAACUUCUCACAUUGUAAAGUAUACUGGGCACUCUGAAGGACACAGGACAAUAUACCCAUUCUGGUGGGGUGCUCUUCUAUUCUAGAGCAGCCAAAUAGGGGCAGGCCUUGGGCAACAGCUCUUUCAGGUCUUGGGCUUUCCCAGCCCUGCUGACCCAGCAUCUUUCUACUUGGAGUUGAACUUGGAACCUGCAUCCAAGGCUCAUGUGUCCCCACAGGACUUUCUGCACUCUCCUACCACCUCUGCUCUUAGAGGGUUGUGUCCCCCGCUCCCCAUUAAUGUAGAAUAAUGAUGAAGAUACACAUACAGUUUCCGGCUGUCCACCCACCCUUAAGGUUGCCAGGUCAGGAACAUCCCAGACUCUGAAAUUUCAACUUAUCUGCUCCUUAUAACCAGCCCUGAGCAACAGUCUGGCUGCAGCUCUUUGAGCCAGUUGAUGUUUCUGAGCACUUUUCAAAGGUAGCCCUAAUCCAUACGGAUUGCAACUAAUGCAUGUGUUACUGGCCAAAUCAGACAUCUCAAGGAAUGGGUGCAGCUGGCGCACUAGCUGUAACUGCGCAAAUGCACUCCUGGCCAACUCAGAAACCUUAGCAUCCAUUCUCAGGGCUGAGUUCAAGAGAACACCCAAACUAUGGACCUAUGUCCUUAGAGGGAGUGCUCCCCAUCCAGCACAGGAUGAAUCCCGAUUCCCUGUUCUGCCUUCCAACUGAUCAAGAGCACCUCUGUCUUGUCAGUAUUAUAUUAUAGUUAGUUCAAUCUCAUCCAGUCCACUACUGAUGACAGACACUGGUUUAGAACUGAGACAGCCUCCUUGGAUUUAGGUGAAAAUGAGAAAUAGAGCUGGGUAUCAUCAGCAUACUGACACUGAACCCUGAAACUCCAAACCGCCUCUCACAGGAGUUUCAUGUAAACAUAAAAUAGUUUGGGGGACAAAACAGAACCCUGAGGACCCUGCCGGCCAAUGGCCAAGGCAUCAAACAGGAGUCUCCCAGCACCACUUUCUGGGUUUGCCCCUCCAGGAAGGAAGGGAGCAACUGUAACACAGGACCUCCAAGUCCCAUCCCAGCAAGGCAGCCCAGAAGGAUACCAUGGUUGAUGGUAUUGAAAGCCACUAGGAAGUUCAGCAGAACCAAUAGGGAUACACUAGCUCAGUCCAGUUCCUGGCAUGUCAUCCACCAAGGUAUCCAAAGUCAUCUCUGUCCCAUAACUACUGUAGUCCUGAAACCAACUAGCUACACCUCUGCCCACCACUGCUUAUGCAACUUGAUACUCUUUUUUCCUAACUAAUAUUUAAUUUCAAGUAACAAAACAUACCCAUACAAUAAAAACAGAGCUUAGUAGUUGCAUAGAAAAGAAAAAUAGUGGGGUCUUAGUGGACCACAAACUGAAUGUGAGUCAACUGUGUGAUGCAGCAGAAAAAAAGCUAAUGCUGCCUCAACAGAAGUAUUGUGUCCAGAUCAAGGGAAGUAAUAGGACCACUCUAUUCUGCCUUCGUCAGACCACACCUGGAAUACUGUGUCCAGUUCUGGGCACCACAAUUUAAGGUUGUUGACAAGCUGGAAUGCGUGCAGAGGAAGGCAACUAAGAUGAAAAGGGGUCUGGAAACCAAACCUUGUGAGGAACAGUUGAAGGAGUUGGUUACUGUAUGCUUAGCCUGGAAAAGAGAGGACUGAGAGAAGAUAUGAUAUUCAUCUUCAAAUAUCUCAAAGGCUGCCACAUGGAAGAGGGAACAGCUUGUUUUCUCCUGUUUUGGAGGGUAGGAUGGCUUCAAGUUACAAGAAAGGAGAUUCCGACUCAACAUCAGAAAAAAACUUUCUAACAGUAAAAGCUGUUCAACAGUGAAACGGUCUCCCUUAGAGGUGGUGGACUUCUUGGAUCCUUGGAGGUUUUCUAAGCUGAGGUUGGAUGGCCAUCUGUCAGAUAUGCUUUAGUUGAAAUUCCGGCAUUGCAGGGAGAUGGACGAAUGACCCUUGGGGCCCCAACUCUACAAUUCUAGGAUUCUAUGAUACAUGAAAGUGUAAAAUUUUUUGAGUUAGUGGAGUGUGUAUGAAAACCAUGUUCAAUUAUCUUAACCAGGGGUGCCAAUUUGAAUAAAAUAUUGGGGGGGGGAGAGAGAAGGUAAGCCCCACCCCACAUAAUUGAUCACAUGAUGUGGUACACGCACACCAUUUGAAUGGCAAUGCCUUGGGGGAGGGCAGUCCCAUCAAAUAUUUUAUUUGGGGGCCAAAGGGACCUCAGCCCCUGGGAGUUGGCUCUUAUGGUCUUAACAUAGGCAACAGAGUCUUAACAAAGUCCAUAAGCACAAUGUUCAUCACUUGCGAAAUCCAGGCUUCAAAAAGAUUUGCAUUAAGCUUUCCCAUUUUUCUGCAAUCACUAAUCUAGCUGCAGUUAAUAAAUGGAGGAUGAAAUCUUUAUUCGUUCUAAUCUGUGAAGUAUGUUACAAUAGUAGAGUUAAUUUCGAGUCUGGUUUUAGCAAUUAUUGCAUCAUUUGAAACACUUUUCCCCCAAAAGGGAUAAUUUUUGUGCAAAACCACCACAUGUGCAGGUAAAUUGCACUCCCACCAGCAAAGGUUCAGUGUGUUGUGAUUAAUUCUAUAUUAUCUGGCUGGGCACAUAAACCAGUGAUGUGCUAUCUUUAAAGCAUUUUCUCAAAUUCUAAUUUAGAUGGAUCCAAAAGGUGGUUCAUCCCAAAUUUGUUCCCAGAGUUGUUCCUCUAAUUCUUUUCCAAAACCUUUCACCUCAUUUUAGUCUUACUGAAGUGAGAGGAAGGGUAGUCAGUUGUGUGAGGAUUUUAUAUCGUUGGGAGAGAUUCCCUUUCCCAGUGGGUUGGCUGAAUAGAAUAGUUUCUCUUU